CUUUGCGCGGCUUUGGCUUUGCGGUGCCCACUGUCACAGCCAACUGGAAGGGGAAAUGCGGCUGAGUCCCCAGGCAGAAUAAACGCAGAAUAGAUCCAGAGGGAGGGCAGGUGGCUUCCAAGGUAAGUGCCCUGUGGGUGUAUGGCAUGGCUGGCACUGAGCUGGACUGGUGACAUAUGUACUGGGCUGCAUGUCUGGGAACUCCUGUUACUGAUCCUGGGGAGGGAUAUAUAUAUAUAUAUAUAUUAUUAUUAUUAUUAUUAUAAUAUAUUAUUAUUAUAUACUAUUAUUAUAUUAUAUUUUAUAUUUUUUUAUUAUUAUAUAUAUUAUUAAUAUUAAUAAAAUAAAAUUAUAGACACUGACAGUGUCAUAGUAUUAUAUACAUAUAAUAAACAUUGAUUAAUAGCAAUACUCAUAGAGAUACACUGAUAAAAAGAAUAUAUUCAAAUUAAAGCCAUGUUAAAGAGCCUGUCCUGGUUUUACACAAACACUGACAAUAUUACUUAGUAAACACUGUCCGCAAAGCACAUAGAUAGACAUUCAUGAUAAGGAUAUACUUCAGAUAUAGCCAUAUUAAAGCUACUGACAGUAUUACAAUAAAUUUAAUAAACGCUGAUUAAUAACAAUAUUCAUAGAGAGACAUUGAUAAUAAGAAUAUAGUCAAAUUAAAGCCGUGUUAAAGAGCCUGUCCUGGUUUUACACAAACACUGACAAUAUUACUUAGUAUAAACACUGUGAGCAAAGUACAUAGAUAGACAUUCAUCGUAAGGAUAUACUUUAGAUAUAGACAUAUCAAAGCUACUGACAGUAUUACAUUAUAUAUGUAAUAAACACUGAUUAAUAGCAAUACUCAUAGACAUUGAUAACAAGAAUAUACUCAAAUUAAAGCCAUGUUAAAGAGCCUGUCCUGGUUUUACACAAACACUGGCAAUAUUACUUAGUAAACACUGUCCGCAAAGCACAUAAACAGACAUAAUAAGAAUAUAAUCUAUUUAAAGCCAUGUCAAAGAAGCCUGGUCUGAUUAAAGCCAUGUUAAAGAGCCUGCCCUUAAUGUACACAAUGACAAUAUUACUUGGUAAACACUGUGAGCAAUGCACAUAGGCAUUCAUAAUCAGGCAUUUACCCUAGAUACAGCCAUAUGAAAUAUUACAAUAGACCUAAUAUAAACCCUGAUUAAUAGCAAUACUCCAUUACAUUCAUAAUACGAAUAUACCCUAAUUAAAGCUAUGUUGAUAUAUAGGUACACUGACAAUAUUACAUUGAGAGCAAUACCAGUAGGCAUUCAUGAUCUGAAUUUCAUUUAAAUAAAGCCUUAUCAAAGACACUGACAACACUACAAAUGUUAUAAUAAACACUGAUUAUUAAUAAUGACCCUAAGGCCUUUAUCGUGAGAAUAUAUCCUAUUUAGUGACGUGUCAAAGAUCCUCUUCAGAUUUACAGGGACACUGACGGUAUUACAUAGUAAUAGGUUGUAAACACUGACUGACAGCAAUGGCCAUAGGCAUUCAUAAUGUGAUUUUACACUGCAGCCGGGUUAAAGGUGCUGAGUUAUUACCUGUCCUGAAUUAUACACAUGCAGAUUUUAUGUGUUUUGUUGUUUAUAUACCUUCCUUUGUGUGGUCAAGUGUUACAUAAAAGCAAAACUUCAUGUUAUUCUAGAAGUGCGAGCAAUAUUUCGACUGAUGGUUUUAAUCAUUUGACUGUGUUGUUGGUUGAUUUGAAGGGUUAAUGAACUGGAGAAAAUAAAAAAGAAGCCCUCCUGAAUUAUUCUGAGACCUAAUGUUCAUUAGAAGUUUGAAUUAAAUGUGGUUGGAAUUCUUAAUAAGUUCAUCCAGAUCAAAACUGGAUCUGAAAUUUUUGCACUCUACUUUAGCCAUACCUCCAGUGGUGUGGUAGAGCCAUGGGUAGCCAACGGCCCUUAUUCAGUUUUAAACCAUGUGAAAUCAGGCAUUAGGUUGCUCAGUGUACUAUAACCACUUCAGUGUGUUGAAUUGGUUAUGGUGCUUAGAGUGUUUUUUAAACAAGAAAGAGAGGGCUAAGGGAGUAAUCUGUGCUGCGCUAACACACCAACAGGACUCCAAAUCUUCUUACACUUUAAAAUAUCUCUGGUAAUUGUCGGCAGUUUUAUUCAAAACAUUUUAUUAGAAAGGCAGAACUCCCAACUGUUCUCCAAAUUUUGGCUUAGGCUCUCCAUGCUGUUAGGAGAAUUUCUAGCCAUUAUCUAAUUUUCAUGAAUGCCAAAAAAAAUUCCACGGUCGUAGAGAGAAGACAUGCCCAAGUGGAGACAAUGAAGUGCCACACUAGACAGAGCAAAGAUUGUGGUUUUCCACAAAACAGUUUGACUUUUGGGCAUUCAAAACAAAGCAAGUCCCAGGCACGGUAUAAAGUUAAGGGCAGAUUUAUUCAGAAAGAACUUUGGGGCAUUGCCACCACAUGUGAAGGUAAUUUCCCUGUUAACCACUCAGCCUCCAGCAGUGGUCAGUAGUCAUCUCCCCCAUGUUAUGUAAUGUGACUUGUGUGCAGCCUGUUUUACUGUUUCUAAACUCCAGACCUUUCACUCAGUUUCUCUUGCUGAAAUACUUUGUUUGAAGACAUGUCAAGACAGGUCUUUUUUUUUUUUUUCUUCUUCUUUCAUUUAGAGAAAAAAAAACCAGUGCAGCUUUCAAUAGAAAUUGGCACUUUUAUAUAAAUGAAUCUGGUUACACCCUCCAGGCUGUCAAUCAGACAAGUGAUCCUGUUACUUCCUGGUUGUUAAGCUCAGUGCAACUAAACUUCAGAGGAAGCAAUUGCUCAGAGCACCUGCUUUGCAAAGACUUCUCAUUGUGCAGCAUUGGAAGACUGUGAUUGGACAGCCACAGAAAGUCUGAGCUGGGAUUAGAAGGGGAGGGCUUGCAAAGGCUGCAGGCAAGAGAUCUGCUGCUUUUUGCAAGUUAUUUUUAGAUUUAAAAAAAAAAAUGCAUACUGAAAUGCAUGCAUGUUUUCAUUGGGGGCAUAUAUACUAAACCAUUUCCUUUUUUAUUAUUAUUGUUUUUUUUGUAUUUGGACAGUGGAGUCCAAAAUGUACAGCCUGGAGACACUGAUAACUAGCAUUUAUGGUAUAUGCUGUUUGCUGUGCAGAACAGCUGUCAUUUAUGCUGUAAAUGCAAUUAAUUCACCAAAUUCACUUACGCUAGCAGUCUACGUCCGCAAUCUACGCACGUUUCCUCCUACCAAUAGUUAAUCAUUGUAUCCUGCUAGGUUUAAAGGGACAUAACAAGCACUGCAGCCACAUUAGUUUAUUGUUGUAGUAAUGGUAUCAGGACAUCAUGAAUACUGUCUGUCGAGUUUUUGUCAGAACAUUUUCAUUUAGUUCGAAAAGAAAAAUCCUCGUGGCCUGAAGCCGUACUCGGAAAAAAUCUUUUCUUUGUUCCCUUAUUAUAGUCUUGUGCCUUAUUACUUGUGUGGUAACAUCAGCGAUCAAACUAAACUAUGCCCCCACAAAGCUACAGUUUGAUUUCCCUUCGUGUUUCUGUGGAGGUAACGGUUCUAUAUUACAAACCAAUUUGUGUCUUCGUAGUGUCUGAUAUUUUGUCUUGUCUUAUUUUGUUGUCCCCGCUUACCAUCCCCACACCUGCGGCAGUGAUACAUGCGCCAAUGAUACAAUUGUUUACAUACUUCUGUCCAAACAAUAGCAGUGGGUCAAAUUUUACAACAUGACAGGAGGCUUCAUAUUUUGCAUUAACUUUCUUUACUAACUCCAUAGCAGCAAAGAAAAAAAGCUGUUUAAAGAAAGAACCAAUCAGAGUGAGUCAGAGAGUAUAUAAGUCCAAGCAUAGCCAAUCAUUUCCUCUUUCUUUGCUGCUCCAUCACAAGUCAGGUCAGAGUACUGAUUUCUUAACUGUAACUUUAUGUACAUGUUAGAAUGUUAAUAGAGCUAUUGUAUUCAUAAAUUGCUUUAUUUGGAGGGUAUCCAGGCAUUGGGGUACCUCCUUCAAUAGUUGCCGUUGAAGGGAUUACCUUUUUCACCUCAGACCCGUUCUGUGAGGAAAGCCUCAUUUCCCUCCCUCCCCUUCCCUCUCUAACCUCGAGUGGCUAUAUUCGCCACUUUACUAUUGGUUUUCCCGCCCUGUUCGUGCCGUUGUUACUGUACCAACAGAGCGGGCUAGCUUAUGGUGUUUGUGUGUCUCGGCACAAAUGGACACAGCACUACUGCGUUCGGUUCCUCCGCCUGCUCGCGCUCGUAAUUGCGCAAACAGAGGCACUCACAGUUCGUGCUUCUCCUUCACGAACACGCAACCGCGUGAAGCUAACAGUGUGCACAGUUGCACAAAAGGACUGGGUUCAUAUAAACCCAGUCUAUUCGUAGUUUCUUCCUUCAACGGGCGUUCGGCAAACUAAGGCACUGCACGAACAAAGCCGCUCGUGAGUUUCUUGCCAAAUGCCUCACUGGUUAUUAAGCCGCUUUUGCUGGCUUUUUUCCUGUUCAUCGCCCAGGGUCUCUUGCGAGACCUGCGGCGGCCAUUUUGUUGGUGUAACAGAUUGGAGUUUAACUCACAACACUUCAAGGUACUUGUCUUGCAGGAGAUUUUCUGACAAUUUGACAGGUGAUUUCGGAUAUGGAUCUACAAAAGGUGGGUGUUAUUACCCUAGGGAGUGGGAUGGCCAGUUAGGUUUAACCGAGUAACCUGGCAAGGGGUGAGCCCCCAUUUGUGAAAUUUGGGGAAUAUGCAUAUUUGGGAAAUAUGCCUACUGCAAGCAGUUCUGACCGACUGGGUGAGCCCCAGUACUACAGAGUCCAUUUGUCUCACGCCACUGGGCGACAAUAUAUACGACCACUGGCCUGUCAUAAGUCCCGUCCCCCCACACGAAUCCAAAUUAUAUAUAUAUAUAUAUAUAUAUAUAUAUAUAUAUAUACCUGUGCCUGUAAGUUCCCUGACUAUGCAGGAUAACCAGAAUUCAUGAUUAACGCGGCAGUAGCCGCAUCCUUGGAAAAGGCAAUGGCAAAAGUGCUGAAACCAACAAGCCGGCUAGUAGACCACCUCGUAAUAAAAAGAACUCAGAUGAGUUGGAUGACUCCUCUCAGUAGAGGCACCGCCCGGCUAAACGCCAAAAGGGCCACCAAUAAAGGCAAGGCACCUCUGAAGCGCAGUAAGCGCCCUAUGGCACUGAAGCCCACAUACGCUAAAGAGAUCUCCUCGGAUGAGAAAAAUACAUGCCCCAUUCCCUUAUCAUCUUAGAUGAAUGGCAGGCGGAACUCUCCGAUUCGGACGACGGCGAUUGGGGCUCCAACGCCUAUGUCACGGAGAGCUUCCUGGGUGAGCCCCAGGGUAAAGGAGAUGAAGAAGCCUCCGCCUCAGCCAUCACGCAGGAACAAGAAAUAUUCCGGGACACCACGGGGCAGAAAAUGUUUGACUAUAGAAAUAUCUGGCACCCCCGCUCUGGUGAAUGGGCCCCACCUGAGCACCUCCUCAGGUUUAUGUAUUUCUGUAUCCGCAAACCCUGCAAACACACAUACGCAAGCGAAUGAGAGCGGAGUGCCCCAGACUGGCCUUUACACCAGAAUCGACAAGCUCAUGCUGAUGUUCAUGGAGCAGGGAGGUCGGCAGUCUAAAAGGGGCGCAAGACAAGCUCAUGCACACGAUGGGGCAAUUGGCCCGCGUAAUGUAUUUGGCGGAUGAUGCCUACGCCAGAGUGGACUCUUUUAAUACGGACAUGAUAAGAGAUUGGGCACAUGAUAUCCAAGAAUGGACCCAGAGGGGCUUCUGUUUUCUCGGGAGCACCGAUGUGGCCCUCUCAACAGAGCGGCGCAGCGCAGCACUGUUCCGCAUAGACCCCAAAUUAGUGGAUCUGGGGGUAAAAGAAUUGGGCCCACAGGCACAGGGCGAGCUCUUCAAGGAGGCCUUCCUCAAAGAGCUAAAUAAACAUGUCAAUGUCUACACUUCACUAAACAGAGCCCGUUCAUCCAUGCGCAAGGUUUUCCAAGGCAACCUCGCAAAGGGUGUUUUUCCCAGGGCUGGCCAGCAGCGGGGCUGUGCCACCAGCCGAUUCUGGCCAUCGGGCCCCCGCACGGGACACCCAUAACAAUUUUACCUGCAACAGGGUUAUCAAGACACCGGUUUUCGACCGCGCUACCCCUACUAUCAGAGGGACAAAGACAGAGGACAUGGAGGUCGCGGACAAGCCCUCGCAAGAUUCCCAACAGGUAAGAGAUCAACCCUUAACUAGGUCUGCAGGCCGUGUUUCUCUUUUUUCCUAGAACUGGACAAAUCUGUUCACAGACGCCUGGAUUCUAGAGAUGGUCAAAGAGUAUCGCAUCGAAUUACAUACAGCCUCUGUACAGAAGUUCCCUCAUCGUCCGUUAUAUCUCUCAACCUCAGACGCACACCUCAUAGAAAUGGAGCUCCGCGAAUUACACGCAAAGGGUGCUAUACAGCCCGUACAGGGACGAGGAGGCUUCUUCAGCAAUAUGUUCCUCAUCCGCAAGAAAACAGGAGAUUUCAGACUGGUAUUCAACCUAAGAGAGUUGAACGCCCACAUGACCUAUCGUCACUUAAAAAUGUAGGGCAUACAUUUACUAAGGGACCUCCUUCAAGAAAAGGACUUGGUUAUGCAUCUGGAUCUCAAAGGCGCAUGCCUAUCAAUCCCAAUUCACGAGGACAGCCGCCCUUUCCUCCGGUUCCUAUUGAACGGCGCUCCCUGGCAAUUCACUUGGCUCCCUUUCGGACUGUGCUCUCCACCAUGGUGCAUCAUGAAGAUGUUGAAACCAGUGGUCUCCCACCUCAGGACUUGUGGGAUCAGGUGCAUUAUUUACCUGGACGACAUACUCUUAUUCUGCAGAACAAGGGAAUUGGCCGCACAACAUACAGAGUACACGGUGCAAUUGUUGGAAUCCCUAGGCUUCAUAGUCAACAGGGCCAAGUCCGCAAUGACACCCGUUCAGAAAAUCCAAUACCUGGGCUUCAAGAUAGACUCCAGGUCUUGCACACGUCAUCUCCCGUCUACCAAAGUGACGGCUAUCAAGAAGGAGAUCCGCAGAGUGCUCAAAUGCGCUUCUAUUCCACUCCGACAACUAUCACGGAUCGUUGGCCUGCUUUCCUCAUUGAUACAAGCCAUAUUUCCAGACCCUCUGCACUACCGGGCCAUGCAACAAUUGAAAACCCGCUUCCUACAACGGAACCCUACGUACAACCAGCCAGUCCCGCUAACGGACGAGGUACGCCAAGAACUCGAAUUGUGGCUCAACUGUAUGCAAGCUUGGAACGGUCAAGCCAUAUUCGGCAACCACCUGGACUUCGUGCUGGAAUCUGGCGUCAGCCGAUUGGGAUGGGGCGCCACGGAUGGGGAAGCAUCCACAGGAGGAACAUGGACAACCCAAGAACUCUCGAUGCACAUCAACUGUCUGGAACUACUAGCGGGGUCAUUUGCUAUACGCAGCCUGGCGAAAUGACAAUCCAAUUGCUGUAUACUUCUUAGGAUGGACAACAUAUCGGCAGUCCGGUACAUCAACCACCUUGGUGGUACAUGCUCUCAAACACUAAAUAAGGAAAUCUUCGAUUAUUGUCUCCUGCGCAACAUCAUGAUAUGAGCAGAACACCUACCGGGGAAGUCGAAUCUUACGGCAGAUUGGUACUCCUGACACUGGAGAGACGUUAGCGAUUGGCAACUGGACCACUCGAUUGUUACGGGGCAUCAAAGUGAGGCGGCCUCCAGCACCAAAAUACCAAGAUCUAUGGGAUGUGAAUUUGGUACUCCGUUUCCUAAGGGGAGGGCCCCCUAAUGAACUAUUAUCCUUAAAACAACUGACGGACAAAUUCACCUUCCUAUUGGGCAUGGUCUCAUUACGGAGGGUAUCGGACGUCCAGGCAUUCAACAAAGACGCUUUUUCUAUAAAUCCGGAGGGAGUCACAUUCCAUGUCUCACGGAGGACCAAAUCGGACUCGUCAUCUGUGUUUUAUCCAUUCUUCACCUCAGACCCUCAACUUUGCGUGGUUAAUACUCUGAGGGAAUAUGUGACAGCAACAGAAACACUACGCCCACCAAAAGCAAGACAAUUGGUGUCAUAUGUUAGCCCACACGGACCGGUUUCGGUCACCACGUUAGCCAGAUGGAUCAAAUGGCUCCUAUCCCUAGCCGGCUUAGAACCAUCCUUUGGCGCACACUCCGUGCGAGGGGUGGCGGCAUCAGUCGCUUUUCUGGCAGGCACAUCUCUAUCAGACAUACUGCAAACGGCGGACUGGUCGCAUGAAUCGACGUUUCGGACAUUCUAUUUCAGUCCAUCGUCAAAUGCCGCAUUCACCCUUCUACCUAAGCGUUAAAAAUGAAAAAUGUGAAGCCUCCUGUCAUGUUGUAAAAUUGAAGAUUAUGCUAGCGCAGUGUACUAAUAAUCUUAAUUUUAAUAAUGACAGGAGGGGAAUAUUUUCCCUCCCCUUCUUCUUGACUCUCCCACCCCUAUUAAGGUAAGUAAGUUUUACGGGGACAAACUUGAUGCUAGUAUUUAUACUUAUGUAGUGCAAUGUUUUACAGUAGUCAAUACUUCUGUUUUUCUAAACAUUGUGUAGUGGAUUAGUAUGAUACACUUAUGGAUAAUCGAGUUAAUCAUUUAAAAUUAUUAGCAUACACAUAAGCAUUAGCUGCAUACGGUCUGUUCCGUAUCACUGAUACUAGUCUCCUUUUCUUUCAGCUUAACAAGCCUAUGGAGAAUUUAGAAGUCAUUUAACAAGUCUUAUGUUUAAUGAAGAAGACUGGAUUUGAUAAUGAAGUUUCCACGUUGGAUUUAAUUGAAUCAAGUUGACUCUGGACACGUUUGUCAUACUAUAAACUUGUGAUGUCGCAUUAGUGAAGAGGAAAUGAUUGGCUAUGCUUGGACUUAUAUACUCUCUGACUCACUCUGAUUGGUUCUUUCUUUAAACAGUUUUUUUCUUUGCUGCUAUGGAGUUAGUAAAGAAAGUUAAUGCAAAAUAUUUGCCUCCUGUCAUUAUUAACAUUACGAUUAUUAGUACACUGCGCUAGCAUAAUCUUCAAUUCCUUUUGCUAGGCUAUUAUGAGCUCCCCAUUUGGAAGACUUUAUACCUUCGGCUUACUCCAUAGCUUAGUAGUUUGUUUAUCACGCUUUUUUCACCUUUUUGUGAACAUUAUAUUGGCUGUACUCCUGAUAUACAAAAACGAAAAGCCUUAUUCGGAUUCCUUGUUUGUUCUUGUUUUAGUGCUCGGCCAGUACGUACUGCCACUGAUUCUAGUUAGGAUAAUCUGUUUUAAUGAAGAGAUGUAGAAUUUGCAAUAAGUUUUAAAAGUAUGGAAAACAAAACCAUUUUUGUUUUUGAAGGAAAUGCAAUGUUAGCACUCCUUUCACAUAUACUAUACAUAAUUCACUUUGCUACUUUAGGUACAUAAUUAUGUUAUGUACAGUUUGGUCACCUCAGAACCUACUUUCUAUCACCCUGUGUUCUUCCUUCUUCACUGUGCAGUUCCCCCCAUGUUGUUGUUGUUGUUGUUGUUGUUGUUUUUAUAUAGUUUUUUUUCCAUUUGCAGGGUCCAUCUAUUUUUAUUGCUCCCUUCGUUUCUAUUCCUUCUUUUCGUUUGCUAUCCCUUCUUUCUUAAAGGAAAACUUCAAGCACAGUAACCACUAUUCUAGGCAGGGAACCUAGCAGACCCCAUGUCAGAAGUUUAAAAUGGUUCGCUUACUUACAGUGGGCAUAUUGCUGUAGUGGUUAUGGUCUGUGGAGUGAUCCUUCUACAUUCCCUCUUUGUUGCUUUUGCAUUGCUUGCGCUCUCCUCCACUCAUCUGCUUUCUGACUUUCUCCAUCGUUUAAAUCAUGGGUCAUCAACCUGGUCCCUAUCGCCCACUAGUGGGCGUUUCCGGAUUCCAGAUGGGCGGUAGGGAUUUCGGCGGCUAAAUCCUCUUUCUGAGAGAAUUUCUCCUUGUGGGUGGGCGGGCGAGAGCGGCUCUGGAGGUGCAAGUUUUCAGUGACUGGCAGGAGGGAAGUGCUCCCUCCUGCCAGGCCACCUUCUGGACCCCCCAGCGUGGCGUGCAGCAGUGGUAAGAUCAGAUGCGGCGAGGGACCUCUAACCUCUCUGCUCCCUCGCGCGAUGUUUGCUGAUGCAGCGGGAGCCGGAAUAUGAUGUCAUAUUCCCACUCUCUGCAUCAGUAGAAAGCCCCCGAGGGAGCAGAGCAGAGAGGUUAGAGCUCCCUUGCCGCGUCUGUUUAGCACACAGCCGACCGCCGAAGUGAAGCCCCACUGGACGCCAGGGACAGAACCACACCAGCUCUCCAGGUAGGGAGACUGGGUGGACAUUUAAUAUUAAUAAUUUGUGUGUCUGUAAGUAUAUGUGUGUGUGUGUGUGUGUGUGUGUCUGUAAGUAUAUGUGUGUGUGUGUCUGUAAGUGUGUGUGUGUGUCUGUAAGUGUGUGUGUAAGUAUAUGUGUGUAUGUGUGUGUGUGUGUAAGUAUAUGUGUGUAUGUGUGUGUGUGUGUGUGUCUAAGUAUGUGUGUGUAAGUAUAUGUGUGUCUAUAAGUGUUUGUGUCUAUAAGUAUGUGUAUGUGUGUGUCUAUAAGUAUGUGUAUGUGUCUGUAAGUAUAUAUAUAUAUAUGUGUGUGUGUGUGUGUGUGUUUAUAAGUAUAUGUGUCUGUAAGUGUAUAUGUGUGUGUCUGUAAGUGUAUAUGUGUGAGUGUGUGUGUAUUUUUGUGAGCAGAGUACUUGUAGAAUAGAAGAAAGAAGGAGCAGAGUAUUUGUAAAAAGUACAAAGAAGGCGCAGAGUACUUGUAGAAUAGGAGAAAGUAGGAGUAGAGUACUUGUAAAAAAAUAAGAAAGAAGGAAAAGGAGAGAAUUGUUGUUGGCUAAUAAUAUAGUAAGUGGGCUACCUAGCUCAGCCUUCCUACUGGGCAUUGCUAUAAGGAAGGUUAAAAAAUAGAAAAUAGGAAGAAAAAAAAGAUGGGGAGGGGAAUUGAGGAGGGAGAGGAGGGGCGCUGAUGCACAGAUGAGAAAUCAUAUUAUGAGCAAACAGAGAAAUCAUCUGAAUAUCACUGAAAGAGGAGACCUUCGUUUGUUCCUUAUGAAAAUCGAACCGGAUAUCAAAUAUUUAGUCUUGCAGCAUCAACCUCAAGGAUCUCAUUAAUCAUUAGUAAAGGUAAUUUCAAUUUACUCUAUUCCUUUCUCAUUAAACUUUAUAAAGUUAAAAACAUUAUAAACAUGCAUUAAGUAGAAAUAAAAAGAUAAAUGUAUGUACAUUUAUUUUAUUUAUUUUUUUGAAAACUCCCUCCUUUCUAAAAAAUAUUCUGCACUUGCGUAAAAACUGGUGGGCGGUAAGGACAUUUUUCCAUCAACAAAGAUGCAUUAGUGGGCUGUAGAUAGAAAAAGGUUGACUACCACUGGUUUACAUCAUCCUUGUCUCAUCCAUGCCUUUUCUCCAUUUUAAAAAAAAAUUAUUUAUGCCUCUGAUUACAUUUUCACUUUUCUUCUCUUGAUUGUCCCCACUUAGCUAUCUCUUCUUUUCAACCUCCACUCCUCCUUUGUUUCACUGUGCUUUCCCCUAUCCUAUUGCUCUCUCUCCUUUUUAUUUCUAUCCCCCAUCCUUUGCUACCUGCUUUGAUCAUUUGUUACUUUUCUCUCUAUUACAUUCCCUUUCGCAAGCCAGCCGUAGAAUUUUUGGCACACUUGCUGUCUCUGAAGGCCCAUCCACCACCCAAACACAAAACUUACACUUUGACAGCUAGCCACGUGCUCACACUCUCACACAAACACACAAUGACACAUACCCUUCCCAUCACAUGUCUACACACAGUACACACAGCUGGAGAAAGGAUUACUGCAUAAAAUUAUGUUCCCUGUUGGACCAUUGGUGUAAUAGCCAGUGAUAGUUCUGUACCUCUACAUUUUAGCUGCUGACACUCUCUGCACACACCUGUGUCUGCUGUUAUGAAGACACAGGGACAUUACAUUAAUUCCCCAUCUGCUGUGCUCUUCACAAAAGUUACUGGUGUCGUGCACUGACAGUCAGCCAUCUCAGAAAAGAAACAGAGCUGUCAUGCUCACAAUCUGUUAUGAUCAACGUGACUGUGGCCUUCUGGAGUUUUCGGAUGUUUUUGGAUAUCAUACAGUGACUCUUCUACUGUUACCGGCAGAAGGCAGAACAGCCUUCUUCUUUGUCCUUGGUGUCUAAUGUGCAAACAAGACUGUCUGUACACCCCCCAAUGGCAUAGAUUACUUUUAAUGCCCCCCCCUUAAUUAUGAGCUAUGUAAAGGAUGAUGAUACCAUAAAAUAUUUUCCCAGCUUCUGUCUCAAUGUUAUGCUGGAGAGUAAAUUGGGUGCAGUUUAAGGCUUCCUCUACCUACAGAGUAUUCACAGACAUCUUACUUUACGGCAGCCUGGCCAAGAGCAUGUUAAAGUGUCCCAGUGGGCUUUGGUAGCACAUGGCAAUGGAGAGUGACUUCAGCCAACCGAUUGGGAACCACUGCCGUAGGUCAUUUCUUUGCUUUAUCAGCUUUGAUCAGAAUACAAUGUGAGCCAAUGUGUUAAAUUCAAAAGCAGAAUACACAGUUCCCGGGGCACCGGUCCAAGCGUGUGCCCACUUUGCUGGUUAUUCUGCAAUAGCCGAAAACAUUUAAUUGAACCGAUAAAGGGACAGGCUCCGUUGUUCGUGUACUGGGUAUUAUGUGUGUAUCAUUGCAGUUUUAUAAAUAAAAUUAAAAAAAAAAACAAUUUUAAAAAAGUGGUUUUAUUUGACAGUGAAUUCACCAGAAUUUUUAUCCAGAUAUGGCCACCCCCAUUUAUACAGAUUAAACCUUUUGUGCAUUAAAUCAUUAAGCAUAUUUAUUAUUUUAAACUCCUUUAAAACUUAUUCUUGAAUUUUCAUUUGCAGUUUGAAACAGCUGAGUUUUUAAAUCUGGUCCUUCCCUCUGUGCACCUUCCUUGACCACUUUUGCCUUCGGUGAGUGAGAGUGACAUAAGCAGAGGGACAUAAGGCUCAAGGAGAACCUCACCUCAGCAUUUUUUGUUACAUUUAUGUAGGGGGAGGGAGGAGGGGGGUUAAAACAACCAAAACCAGUGUUUUAUGAAAAACCCUGGUUUUUGGUUGCAGUAACCCCUUAAUCUUCUGGUUUUUAAUUUUUCUAAAUUUUUGGAUAAAUGCUUCUUUAUAAUUUUCCUCCUGCUUGCAUUACACAGGUGAGUUCUUUUAAGCACAGGUUCUUUUAUACUGCUUAAAAUUAGCUGAAACGUCAUUUUGUUUAAUGUUGGUGUGGAAUGUACUUUUCGUAUUUAUACUACUUAUUAAUACAUCAUUGCAUAGUGCUGGUUCAUUGGCUCUAUAUGUAUUUGGGAUUGCUAAAAAGGAGAUUACCUGGUUCCCCCCAGCACUCGUAGCCCAGCCCAAUGCUUGUGCUUUCCCCUAUAGUAUUGCUUUCUCCCUUUAAUUCCUUUCCCCCAUCCAUUGCUACCUGCAUUGAUCGUUGUUACUGUUCUCUUUAUUACAUUCCCUUUCGCAAGCCAGCCGUAGAAUUCCUGGCACUCCUGGUGUCUUGGAAGCCCCCUCCACCUCCCAAACACACAGAUUAUUCUAGUCCAUACCACAAGCACACUUACACUUUGACAGUUAGCCACAUACUAACACCCAGUUUACCAAUGGGGCCAAGCUUCAAGUACCCAGAGAUCCCCAAUUUUUGCCAAACCAUUCAAACUAUUUGACAAUCCAGUCCAGAUAAGGGAGAGCCAAGGCACACAUUAUUAUUCAGGAGGAUAAAUAUUUAAUUUGUCUAAACAAUUUACCACUUUGGAUAAAAGUGUAUGUACUCGACACUUUUAUGCAUAAUUUUUUAAAUAUAUAUGAUAACCCUCUUGGCGUACUAAAAUAUUGGAAAUAUUGAGUGGGCUAGUGUAAGAGUGGCAGUGUUUGUUGAAGUGAAUUCAAACGGUUUACCUGUUUUGUAUUGAUUAUUAACAGUAAAAGCAUCCUAAAUAAUUAUCACUUGCUAUAAAAAGAAAGUAAAGUUAUAUAGGUAUAUAUUAAACAUCUGAAUCCCAGUUUUAAUCCCAGUCCAGUUUUAAAGGGACCCUCCACUGCCCAAAUACAAAAAUGUAUAAAAAUUACUUUUUUACUAGAUAAACCCCCAAUACUAACUCUGCUGGAGGAGGAGAGGGGAGCAGAAAAACUUUAUAGUGUUAGGAUUACAGCUUUGUAUUCUUAAUACUAAAGUAUUCCUAUAAUUUAUAAAAGUACCAAUUGUUAUUGAUAUUUCCACUUUUUGUAAAAUGAAAAAAAGACAACACACUCUUCACAUGUACGGUCCUUUAACUUUCCAUUGUUCAUUUUUUUUGUAUGUGUUUUUGACAGCAAGAUAACAUGGAUAGACACCACAUAAAAUGUAAUAUAGAAAACUACUAUUUUUUGUUUUGUUUCACACUCCAUGGAAGCCAGAUAAGAAUCGAAACUUGUAAGAAAUGAAACAAAGAUUAUAAACUAGGAAAUAAAUGUAACUACUGUAUGAUACAGAGGUUUUAAAGGAAUACUACACUGUCACUAUUUACUAUAUAUACCCCAAUAAAAACAUGCUUUUAUUAUGCAAUUUUGCAUUGGGGGUAUAAAUGUAAAAACAGCUUGCAAAAGCUGCAGAUCUCUUGUCUGCCAGGAAGCAAAAGGAUCAGUCGUCAGACCGACAGCCGAGGAUCAAUUUUUAAAAGUGCUAAUUUCGAUUGAAAACUGCACUUUCUCAAGAAUGAAAACGAAGACACACUUCUUCACAUAUAAAGCACUUCAGCAAGCUACAGUGCUUUAGAUGUAUGGAGACAUGCUAUAAAGGGACAAUAUACUCACCCAGAUCAUUUAAGCUCAUUAAUAAACUGCUAUAAUUAGAUUGCAGGGUUAACUCCACCUCUAGUGGCUGCUUACCAGACAGACACUAGAGGUGCUUUCGGGUCGUUAGGCGACUUUUGGUAGCCUGACGCUGGGUGUUAUCACGCUAUGCAUGUGGACAUCCAAUGUCAGCUAAAAGCCCAUAGGAAAGCAUUGAUUCAAUGCUUUCCUAUGGGGUUGUCCUAAUGCAAUUGCAGUGACUGCCACUCUUGCGCACAGCAGGGGAGGAGAAGCGAGGGCAGAGCCUGACCCAGUGCCGAGGGACAUCGUCGUUGGAUUCAGGUAAUUGACAAAAAGGUUUUUAACCCUUGCAACACUACGGAUGGGGCACAAGCACUAUAGGCUAGGACAGGGCUUGACAAAUUUGCUUUGAAUCUAGGAGCCAGCUAAAAAAGUAAGGAGCCAGGUUUUUGUUUUUUUUUAAACUUACAAAACUUUAUAGUCCAUGAUAAUUGUAUUCAAAAUACAAUUCUUAGAGACACUAUAGUCACCAGGAUCACUACAACUUAAUGUUGAGGUUCUGAUGUCUAUAGCCUGUCCCUACAGACUUUUCAAUGUAAACACUGCCCUUUCAAAUAAAAGGCAGUGUUCACAUUGCUUCCCAGGGACACCCCCGGUGGCAGUCACUCAGAUGGCCACUAGUAGUGCAGGACCUAUAUUCAAAGUCUCCACACCAUGCAUGGAGGUGCUAAAUGUUCCCUAUAGAGAUGCAUUAAUUAAAUGAGAUGCUGAUUGGUGCAGCACAUUCACAAUAGCAUCCCAUUACUUUCCUAUGAUUGCCUGAGAUCAUCAAGCUUGUGACAUCAUAUUCCAGCCCCACAAAGCUGCACGCGAGGGAGCAGAGCAGGGAGAUCACAGCUCCCCCAAUAACAAUACGUGCAGCCUCCAUGAUCCCCCAGCAUGCUGACUGACUACACAAUCCUCCAGCCUGCCCCCUCCUCCGAAAUAAUGGGCUCACAUAUGCCAGACGCAAAGGCAAAAUUCCUAGACGCCAUUACGACCGGCGCCUGGGAUUUGUCAAGCCCUGGGCUAGGAUUACAAUUUUGUAUUCCUAGCCUAUAGAUUCCCUUUAACUUUGUUUUGGGUGUUUGUAAGAGCGAGUUAACAUGAGUAGAUAGAAUGUAAAAUGUAAUAUAGAAAACACUUUAAAGAUGCUACAAUUUUUUGUUUUGUUUCAGAAUGAAAGACACAUAAGAAUUGAAACUUGUAGGACAAUGGUAAGAUUUCCAUUACUUUGAGUAAGGGUGGCGACAACAUUCCAGCCAGACUAUGAUGGCAAUAUAUUAUAUAGGGCAGGGGUAGUUAACCUUUUUGUAGUACAGUGCCAAAACAAGAUCUUUACGUUCCUUGGCCUGCGUUUCUUUUUUUUUUUUUUUUAUUGUUGUGUGUGUAUAUUGCCAUAUAUUGAUUGUGUUAUUUAUCGGUGCGGCAGUUGUAAUGUUGUAUUUGUGUGUAUGUGGGCUGUUAUACUGUAUAUGUUCAUGACUAGUUUGUGGUAUUGUGUAUGAUACUUAUGAAUGUGGGCUGUGUAUGGGGGCUGAUUGUGUGUGUGUGAGAGGCUGCUUGUGGGGUUGUGUGCUUGUAUGUGGAUUGUCAGUGGUGUUGUGUUUGUGGGAACCAUGUAUGUGUGGGCUGUUUGUAUUAUUUGUAUGAGUGGAAGGCUUCUUCGGCAGCUCUGUGUAUAUCUAGCAGUGUGGAUGGCUUUCCUGGGGUCCAGGUGGGACCUGUAUGGCAAGGAACAGGUCAAGGGCAGGAGCUGUGAUAGCUGCUGCAGGCUGCUCUAUUCCAGUGCAAGUUCCCAUUCAUAAGAGCUGGGAGGAAGCGAUCUGAGAUGACUUCCUCUUUGUGCUGCAAUGCGUUAUUUGAGGAUUGUCCCUCAUCACCUGCAACCACCACUCGGUUUGCACUAGCAGGUGUCUGAAGUUGUAACUAAAGUCUUUGAUGAUUAUAUUUAUAGUGUGAUAAUAGCCAGAACACCCUACAUGUCCAAACAUUAUUAUCUAGAAGGAAAAGGGGAAGAAUAAAACACAAAAACAAAUUUAAAAUGUAUCAACACCUAAAAUAAUACUACUUUUUUAUUUUAAUGGUAAAAGGAAGACUGAUUCACUCAUUUGUUUCUAUUUAUAGUCACAACUCAUCUUUAAUAAAACAGGUAGAUUAUUAUUAAGAAAUGCUUAGGGCUCUCAUCUGCCUAGGGCUGCAGGUCUCCUCUGUCCUCAGUUAACCUCUAAUAAGCCAAAUGCAGAGGUCUAAUUAUAGAUGUGUUUUGUAACUCCGCUUAUCCGGGCAUUAGUACUGAGGAGCAAGCUUUAGGAAUGAUUUGACAACUUACCUGGGUCUCACCAGGGCAUUCCAGGCACUGCAACCACUGUAGUAGGCUGUAGUGGCUAUGGUGCUUGGAGUGUUUUUAAACCACAGGCAACUGUCCACAAUUCGUACAUUUCUGUGUCAGUACUGCAUUCCCAAAAGUACUGUAGUAGAGAGUAGACCCCAUGACUUUGGAAUGAGUCUAAUAAAAGUUUAUUUUUUAUUUUUUGUUCUUUCAAUUAUUUUAUUGAGCAUCAAGCAUAAAAAAUGCAUUAAUUAUAACAAAGUAUAAAGAACAAGUCAAGUUAAUAAAACAUACAUCAUGUGAUAUGAGAAGAACACCGAUAAAUUCACAGUAAGCGAAUAGGGAAUCUAAGUGACAUUUCUGAAAACACAUAAAAAAUUUAUAUAAAGCUAUAGGGGACACCAUUUGAGAAGGAGAAAAAAAUUCCCUUGAGUUUUAUAGUUUGAGGCAAAAGCCCAAGGUUUUGCAGGAUUUAUUAUUAUUUUUUUUAUAUUACACUUGAAUGUCGGGUUAUAAAAUUACCGGAUCACCAGACUGACGGCAUGCAUAUAAUUUGUACAUACUGUCGUUUAAACUGAUUUUAGCCCAAUAUUGCAGGCUUGCAAAACUAAAAUGUUGAGUGGGACAAAGUAGCUCGGUUGCUAAAUAAUAUAUUGAUUCUAAUUUGCAGGUUCAAUGGCAGUAAUACAUGCAGGCAAUUACUAAUGGAAUACAUUAGUAAAAACAGACCCUCUCUCUGCACCCAGGGAAUUCUCUUUGGCCAUAUUGUUGUAUAUUUUGAACAGAUUCCAGUAUGUGGUUUAUUAACUUAGCUGGGAAUUUGGAGAAUUGAUAAGGCAAUUAAAAAAAAUUAAUAUCGAAAUUGCUUGAAAUUCUCUCUUUUUAGUCAAUACACUCUGUCUAUUUUCUUGUAUAGAAUGAUGCUUUGUCAAAUUGUAAUGUGUUUUCAUUGGACUUUCCCAAGCUUGAGGUGAAUUCACAAAAUAAAAUCACAGAAUACUUAGUGCCAUCCUGAGGCUUCUGUUUUGGGUUAUUUUUAACUAGAUCUCUGCUAAUCAUUUCAUCAAGACAUUUGCCAACAGUCAUACCUAAUUCUCUUUUGAACACUUGAAUCCUGAUUUAACCAAUAGCCAAGCAGAAGAUUUUUCAAUCCCCCUAAAUCCUGUAAAAGGAUUUAUUAAUUGCUCUAAAAGAUUAUAUCCAUCCCUCUAUCUAGAAAAUGUCCAGCUCAGCAUACCUGAGCACUCUAUUUGCUGUCUAAGAUAGAAAGUCCUAAGCCUCUUAUUUUUGGUUAGCUGCUUAUUUAUGUCUGGGCAACAUGGCAGACAAGGAUGGUGUAACACUCCCAACAUGUUGUCUGUAAGCACAAGAAGUUACCUAAGGAACCGGUGAUUACCUUCACUUCAUUGGAAAUUGCAUUACUAAAUAAAUACAUGAAAUUGCAGGAAUCUUGGGUUGGUUGGUUGUUUUUUACCAUGUGAUUCUCUUUUUUAAAUUUGUAUUACAUAUUUAGCAAAUAAUAUCACAAAUUUGUAUUACAUAUUUAGCAAAUAAUCACAAUUUUAAGUCCAGGCACAGCCAGGGCCCACGAUGCAAAUGAGGAGGAGAAAAAGAAACAUAAUAUAAUUUUCUUCUCUUCUUUCUAUGAUGAGUGAGAUGCAAAAGACAAACUUGAAACCAGGAUUGAUGGAGAUAUCUAGGAGAAGGGCAAAGAGUUGUGGGUUCAUUUUUUUUUUUUUUUUAGUUCUUUAUUUUAGAGACAGUAGCAUUACACAUUCAGUGUCAUUGGCAAGCAUAUAGAUUGUCUGUCUCUAGUUUUAUUUUUGACAGUUAAGGUAAAAUGUAGCAUUCACAAUUAUGAACAUGAGAAGAUAAAGAAAAAAUAAUUAUGGCAAAUAAGGGAGGGCUGGGAUAGGGUGGGGAACACUGUAAUGAGACCAUUUUCUGUUCCUUAACAACCAACCAAGUUAUUUUGUAAAAACGAAUUCCCACCAAGGAUCCCAUUUUUUGUAAAAGGAUGGUAGUGUAUUGUGUACCAUGACUGUUAGCUGUUCCAUGAGAUAAUUUUCAGCUAUUUUAGAUCUUUCUUCCUCCCUUGUGGGGGUUGAUACUACCAAUCAAGAUGUCACCAGAGCACUCCUCACUACUAAGGUUAUUUUAUUAAACCGUUUCUGAGAUUUUUCUUCCAGAGGUUCUGAAUCAAAUGUCCUACGGAAUACGUCGGUCAAAAGAUCUAUAACACCUUCCAAGAAUGGAGUUAUUUUUGGACAGGUCCACCACUUUGUCCACAUAAUCUCCAGAAAUCAUCAAUGGGGAUUUUCCCAUUCUAUACAGUUGAACAGGAGUAGUGUAUUGGCGGAAAAAAAGUGUUAUACAUCUGUUCCUUGGCAGUUACACAUAUGGAGACCCUGGUAGCAGCCUCCCAUUCACCCUCCUGGAUCUUGCUCUCCCUGGGAAAUAUACCUUAUUGGUCCACAAAUGGUAGAGUGAGAGCAUAUGUAAUUGCAUAUCUGUGACACUAAGCCUGGUUGAUAUUUGCCUGAAAGUAUCUUAAGUAUUUAGAAGAGUGUAGAAGACUGCUCUGUCGCUUUCCGCACACCAGUCUGAUGUGCAAAAUCACAAAUUUGUAUAUAGCAAAAAAAAAAAGUCUCUAUUGUUUUGUGGAUAAAAUAAAUGAGGUCUGGGCACUCAGGAUUGCUGCAAGAAGGCCGGUUUAUUGGAACAAAAAUUGCAACGUUUCAGCCUACACAGAGGCAUUUAUAGAGUUUAUCAAGCAAUUAUUGUUUAGUGGGACUUUCUCCUUCAAGGCAACGUAAUUAAGUACUGAGGAUUGACACCAUAAGUGACCACAAUGUUGUAUACCUGUAAUUGUAAUGUAAGUUCUUAAAAUUUUAAGGGCACAUUCCUUUGGACUGUGGUCAUUGGGGAAGGAUUGGAGGGUAAUUGGAAUUUUAUAUUUUAUCCCAAAUUGAUACAGAUGUAUGGCUGGGCAAGUUGUCCAGAGUAAUGCCCUCUGGGGUUUGUUUGGCCACGUGUAGAACUUAGGGAGCUCGGAACACGUUAAAUAGGAUUCAAGGUCUGCCCAUCUUCUCUCCCCUGGUGGAGCAUGCCACAUUAUCUUGCCAGUGGAGCUAAGUAGCAGUACAUCAGUAAGCAUGGGAGUCCAACCCAUCUGUCAAUUUUGAUUUGUAGAGCAAAUUCCUUGCCAGUCUGUGCUGCUUGUUGCCCAACAUAAAUAAAUUUAUAGCUCAAGGUCCCGCUUUGUAACUCGGACCUGGAGAGCCUGGAACAGGAAGAGCAACCUCGGCAGUACAUUCAUUUUGAUAUUAUGCCUUCUUCCAACCCACAAGAUCAGUCUCUUCUCCAGGUCUCCCCCGAGUUUUUGGAACAAUACUGAAUAAUUUGAAUGCCCAAAUACCAAAAAGAUGAUUUAAACUGGAACUUAUACAUUGACUUUAUUUGUCCGUGUCAGUGGCAACUGGUUCCUAGGCAUUGCGUGGGAUUUGUCUAUGUUAAUCCGAUAUUCAGAGAGGGAGGCAAAGUCUGAGUAGUGUAAAAAGCGGUAUGGAAGAUGUAGAAUUUGCAAGGAUCGGAAGAACAUCAUUGGUAUACACCACUAUUCAAAAAAAACAAAAAAAACUUACCCCUUCUUCUAUCCCUUCUAUUACUUGGGUUUCCCUCAGAUAGAGGAGAUGAUCCAGUGAAAUGGUGAACAACAAGGAAGAUAAAAUGCACCCCUGCCUUAUCCUGCUAGUGCCCCAGGGAUGGCUAGUUGUGCCGUUAGCCCCGUUGAAAAAGCUCUGAUAUCUUCUAAAAAUGGGGAGGAAAGCCCCACGCCUCCAUCAGGCCAAACGGAUAUGGCCAUGUUUCCCUGUCAAGUUCGUUUCAUGCAUCCAAGGAAAGAAACAGAGAAGGCAUCUGUAUCUUUCUAAUUCUCCAGGCCAAAUCUAUCACUCUUCUGGUAUUGUCGUAUAAUUGUUGGUGAGAGGAAAAACCCCACCUGAUCUGUAUUCAUUUUGGUAAUACUGGGUUAAGGCCAGAUAGCUGGCACCUUUAGUAACACUUUUGCAUCAGUAUUGAGUAAUCAUUUGGGUCCAUAAUUACUACACAGUGGCCUGUCUUCCAUUAUUUGGUACUAGAAUGACAUUUGCCAACGUCAUUUCAUGGGACAACUGGCUUCCCCUCAUGGCCGCAUUAAGAUCAUAUGGGGGGCGAACUCGUCCCUGAAAACUUUGUAGUAUGAACCGAAAAAAAACCAUCUGGGGCCUUAUUCCCCUGUAAGACCGAUAUGGCUGUUAGAACCUCCUAAUGUGUUAUUUCAAAAGUUUUUGUCUUCAGGUGGUAUAGGCAAGGGGUCAGCAAUCUACAGCACAUAUGCCAUGCCUGGCACUCAUGGUGCCCUUGCACAGUUCUCAAGUCUGCCAGAGCCAAACAAGCUCUGGCCCAGUGAGAUUUCAGAUAUCUGCUAGUGCUGAGUGGUGAUUGCAGGUGGUGAAAAGCAAUCCUCAAUUUUCGCAUUGCAGUAGAGGAAGUGAUCUCAGAUCACUUUUUCACCUCACUUAUAAAUGGGAAUCUGCACUGCAGUAAAGCAGCCCUCAGCAGCUAUCACAGCUCCUGCCCUUGACCUGUACCUGGCUAUUCCGGUCCCCACUGCACCCAAGGGAAGCAACUUACACUGCUAGAAAUACACAUAGCUGCAGAAUAAACCUCCCUCCUUAUACAAAUAAUGCACACAGUCCCCACACACAAUACCACUGAAGAUCUGCAUACACACACUCAACCCCAGAAGCAACCACUCACUUACAGUAUGCAAAACACAGAAAAAACAGUGGGUGGCGCACUCUACAUGCAAUCAAAAAGUGUAAGUGCAGAAUAACAGGUGAAGAAACCACUACCUAAUCGGGUUUGUUCUUCACAAAUGGCUGUAAGAAAUAAAUAAACUUGACUAUGUGAACCGUGUGAGUAGGUCUAAGAGUAUAAUAUCUCAUACUCUGGAUGCAGAAGACAACAUAUGGUGAAUGGAAAGGUGAGUAAGUUAUCUGUAAAUUACAAAGCCAAUACUGAUUAUCAGUAAUAUGCUGAAUAUCGUCUCUAAUAAUCAGCGGAACCAACAAUCGGUCUAUCCUAGUUUAUAGAUUGAAUGUUAUUGCCUGUAAAAUUGCACUUUGUGUGUAUUCAAAUUAAAUAACCAUUAGGUUUAUAGAGCUGCAACAUAUAUGUAUAUAUAUUUAUAUUUACUUCCUAUACAUUUUUCUCACGACUGGUUUCUUAUGAUGGUUUAUAUAGUAAGAGGUCUACAUCCCAUCCUUUUUUAAAAUUCCUUAGAAUUUAGUGUUAGCAUUAAUAUGCUGUAAAUACUGCAUUCAAUUCAGUAUCUAUGUGAGUCACUCUUUGAAGACAUCAUUACUGCUGAUCCUGGUUGAUGGAUGGUUUUAAAGUUUCUAGCUCCCUGAACACCUGACCUGGAUAUUGCAAAGCGUGACUAAUCUCUUGUUUUGCACAUGGGAGAGCUUUUUCGAGGAAUUGAUUCAGUACACAUGUAUUAUAUAUAUAUAUAUAUAUAUAUAUAUAUAUAUAUAUGCAAAUAUAUGGUCAAACAGGUGUGUACACCUGCUUCUCAGUUAUCCCUCUGAAUUGUUUCCAUAAACAUGGAAUCAGUCUUCCACUGUUAUGAAACUACAAUCUUUUAGGAUGGCUUUCCAUUAGAUGUUGGAACAUUGGGGUAUAUAUAAUGAGUUCUUUGAUCUAAUGUAGAGCAGUCAAUGUUCCUGCUGAUUGUUCCACCUGUGUAACUUUGCUCCGGAAUUACUUUAUACAUAAACCCUAUGUUGUAGGGAUCUAUUCGGAAUCAAAAGAUCAAUUACAAUAAUAAACUAACUUUAAAAAUUACUGCAGUGAAUGGUGUUUGAGGUUGCAGUAGGAGUUCCAUGCAUUCCAUUAGUCCUACUUCAGCAGCGCUCUCUGCAUUGACUUAUUGGUAAUGUGCCGGUCUGACAGGCUGACACGCCCCUUCAGAGGGUGGGCCUUCCCCUCUUCCCGUCCUAGUUGCAUACCUUCCAAUAUUUGGAGCUAUGGAGUUAUGUUAAUUUCAUUAAAGCUUUUAUGCUAUUUAACAAUGUCACAAUUUAGAAGAGCAGGCUACGAAUGAGCAUGAAUAUAGUCUGGAUUUAAGCUGGACAGAAUGCUUCCAGAAGGCUGAAGUCCGGGCCUGGAUACUUCAAAUCCAGGCCCACUGCCAAAUAGUUAGAUAACUCUCGGCAGUGCAAUGGCUUAUUGUGACCUGGCUAGUGCUUGGUAACCAGACGCUACAUUAAAAAAUGUCUUCUAAUAUAAGGCAGAGGGGAGUAGGUAGGGAACUUUUUUGUAAAUGUGGGAUGGCUUGGGGGGUGGUCAAUAGCAUGUCACCCCACCCCCUUUAUAUAUUUAUUAGAACCCCCAGCUGCUGUACAUAGGUGGGGAUUUGAGGGGGAGGGGGCAGUGGUCUGUUCACCUCACCAUUAUUUAAUUUACAGUUCCCCACUUUACGGGAGGGAGUAGGUCCCCCACCGAAUUAUUUUACACUCCACACUUGUUUAGUAUUUAGUAGAUAUACCUCCUCACAUGGUAGGUAGGGGCAUAAGGUCUACAACCUCCCUUAUAGUAAUAUGGGGGACAUAUUUCCCAGAAGUGCUGGACUGCUGCCACAUGUUUAAAGGACCACUAUAGUGCCAGGAAAACAUACUCGUUUUCCUGGCACUAUAGUGCCCUGAGGGUGCCCCCACCCUCAGGGACCCCCUCCCGCCCGGCUCUGGAAGGGGGAAAGGGUUAAAAACUUACCUUUUUCCAGCGCUGGGCGGAGAGCUCUUCUCCUUCUCUCCUCCUCCGUGCCUUCCCGCUGGCUGAAUGCGCUUGACUGCGCUGCUACAAGAUUCAAGCAGUCUCAUAGGAAAGCAUUUACAAUGCUUUCCUAUGGACGCUGGCGUGCUCUCACUUUGAAAAUCACAGUGAGAAGCACGCAAGCGCCUCUAGUGGCUGUCAAUGAGACAGCCACUAGAGGAUUAGGGGGAAGGCUUAACCCAUUCAUAAUUAUAGCAGUUUCUCUGAAACUGCUAUAAUUAUGAAAAAAUGGGUUAACCCUAGAAGGACCUGGCACCCAGACCACUUCAUUAAGCUGAAGUGGUCUGGGUGCCUAGAGUGGUCCUUUAAAGUGGCACUGUUAUGCCGAACUUACCUUUCCCCAAUCGAUUCCUCGUCUCUCCCUCUCUCAGGAUCUGUUUUUCAUUUCUUCCUGUCUGCUCUAGUUUUCUUUAAAAUAUAAGACAAAGUAGGGACUAUUUCUCUUCUGGAGGUUUCCUACACCAUGACCAGUCAAGGAGCAAAGUGUGCUUCGUUUCCAGUGGUCAGAGCAAUUUUCCCACAAUCCUUGGCUUUCCUCCCUGUUCCCACGAUGCUUCCUGUCAGUAUUGCCGAAUGUCCUGUCACUUAGACAGAACAUCGGCAGAACUGCCGAAUUGCAUCCAAACAGAAUGAGAACAGUUUUUCCAUUCGUGUUAGGACGCAAUUUGGGAGUUUGUUCAUAUCGGAAUUUCAUUCGAAUGAAUGAAACUCAGAUCCUAUUAAUUGCCGUGGCUGCAUCUUGCAGCCGCUUAGUAGAUAACUCCCUCAUUCCCAUGGUAUUAGGGAGCUAUCUACCAAAAGGCUGAAAGACCUCAAUUGGUCUUUCAGUCACAUUUACUAAUACGAAGUAAAGUUUAGUAUUAGUAAAUUCAGCCCCUACUCGCUAUAUCGCGAGUAGGGGCAUGUCUAGUAAACAGUGAGCAGCCAGUAGCUGCUCACUGUUAAUAAAACCAAAAGAGCCCUAGUACCCAGGGGAGGGGGGGACCUGAGCGCUGGGUGGGGGCCAUAAAGAUAAUGAGGGUGGGACCUACUGUCUUCCCCCCUGACCCUAAACGACAAAUCUCCCCCCCCCUCCUUCAAAGGCGACUAGGGGUCCCCAAGCCCCUAGUCACUCCCCCCCCACCCAAAUAAAAACUAUCCCCUACUUACCCUCUCACCCUAAUAAUAGUGAGGAGGGGAAUAAAAUAACUAACCUGUAAAGAAACAGAAAACUUACCAUUUGAUGUCUUCUUUCUUCUAAAAUCUUAAUUUUUCAGCCCCAAAAUAGGCCAAAUAAAAAAACCAUAAUACCCGUCGAACUUAAAAUAAAUAAAAUAAACCCGAGCGAAAAAAAAAACCAGACGAAAAAGAAAAUGAAUCUAUCUUCACCCAUAUAGGGCUCCGCGCAGUGUGAGCUCUGCAGGGUGGGGGAAGGCCUUGCCUAUAAAGCCUUGCCCCGCCCUGUAAUUAGGCUAAGAAUACUCUGAUUGGUUGGUUUAAGCCAAUCAGAGUGCUCUUUGUCAUUUUACACAGCUUGGGAAAAUUUCAAAGAACUUUCCCACGCUGUGUAAUUUGACUCAUAACACUCUGAUCGGAUGGAUUUCAGGGGUGGGUGCGGGGGGGAGGACAGUAUCCCCCACCAGCUCAUUUUCCUGUAUGGCCCCCCACCCACCGCUCAGGACAGUAGGCCCCCCCCCCAGUUGGGAUUUAUGGCCCCCACCCACCACUCAGGGGUGGGGGCCAGGGGGAGGACAGUAGGUCCCCCCCAUUGUGAUUUAUGGCCCCCAUCCACCGCGCAGGGGUGGGGGUUGAGGGAGAGGACAGUAGGCCUCCCCCCAUUGUCCUUUAUGGCCCCCAACCACUGUGCAGAGGUGGGGGGAGGACAGUAGGUCCCUCCCACCCAUUGUGAUUUAUGGACCCCACCCACCACGCAGGGGUUGGGGCCGGGGGGAGGACAGUAGGUUUCCCCCCUCAUUUUCCUGUACGGCCCCCACCCACCGCUCAGGGGUGGGGGCCGGGAGGAGGACAGUAGGCCCCCCCACAUUCUUAUUUAGGGCCCCAACCUUAGGGCUUCUAGGGUUUUUUUUUUAACAAUGAGCAGCUACAGGCUGCUCACUGUUUAGUAGACAUGCCCCUACUCGCGGUAUAGCGCGUAGGGGCAUUCAGGAGAUUUUAAUCUCCCUUAUGCUGUUAUGGGGAUCGUAUUGACCCACAUAGAGUGAGGGAGGACAUGGAGGGGCUUAGGAAGUGGCGGGGAGCACUGCUCCCUGCCGAUUCUAUCUUUACAUAUUACAAGGAGGUAGCUGCGAGCAGGUAUUUAUAUUCAGUGUUUGUUUGUUCGUUUGCAAUUUCUAUUCAUUCAUUCGUCUUUCUGACAAAUUAAUAAAUAGACGAAAUUCCCGUUCGCAUGCCCAAGUGUUUAAAGCAAGCCCAAGCAAAUUCAGAAUCCUAUACUUUAUAAAAGCACUGAUUUUAAUCUGUACACUGAAUGUAUCCUACUGACUGGUGCCGAUUCGGUUAGGCUGGCCAGUUUCCAACCAGAAAAAAACUUUAACUGGAUUUUGUCUAUUUUUGUAAAACCUGAGUUAAGUAAAUGACCCUUUAUGCCUGUGUGCCUGUGACUCGACAAUGCUCAGCGACAUAUCAUACCGGUAAGUCUAUAUAGCAUUGAUAUGACUUACCUAGGCUUUUGAUCUGGGAGGAAAGUAUGUGAUGUGACAAGGGUACUGUCAAGUGAAUUUCUGAAUAUUCCUCAGUGCCAAGUAUGGAAGUAUGACAGUAUAAUUAUCUUUACAGUGAUACUACGUGUCCUAACCAGAACUAGCAGAGGCAUUCCAGGGUGAAAGUGACAACGUUAUAAAGACAGUGCAUUAAAAUAUGGAAAAAUGGCAUUCGAUAUGUUAAUAAAACUUAGAUAAGGUAUCAAUACCUUCAAAGUUGCCUCUGCUAAUUAAGUCACUGCUGCUUUGGAGCUUAUGAACAAGAGGAUUCAUUGACAAGGAAUAGUGAAGGAGGAUCCAGAGUAGUCACACUGAGGGUUUGGGUUUAGUCAUCUAAGGAAGGUGUGAGUAGAGGAACAGUGACAUGAGGAAUGUUGAUUUACUGUCUAGCAGCCUGCAGGCAAUAAAGAUGGAUGAUUGAUGAUUGAUAGCCGGUUUUGAAUCUUGCUCUAUAAAUAAAAGAAAAGACCAGAGGGAUGGGUGUAGAGGAGGGAGUGGGCUAGAGGUCGUUUCAAACAGGGAACAAAACUCCUAUCGACUAUUAUAAUUGCUUUGAAAUUUCAAUGCAAUCAGUAGAUCUACACGAGAUAGAGCAUUGACUUUGUCUCGUGUAUUUUGCAAUUUUUGGCAAAUGUAGAGUUUCCACCACCAUUUCCCAUUAGCCAUUGGUCACAACGGUUGUUAAGAACAGGUAUCCUCUAGUGGGAUGUGCAAUAGAAGCCUAUGGCACCUAAUUACGUAGUGCGUGCUUUUUUCUAUAGAAAGUUUCGCGUACCCCUCCAUAGAAACCCACUUUGCACUCUUACGCAUGCUAGAUAGUAUAAUAAUGAAUGUGACCUUACAGCUUGUUAGAGAUUAUGUACUAUAUACAAGGAGAGUGUAAAAAAAUCAUUUCCUGCUCUUCCAACUUCUGUUUUUCAUGGUUUUGUUAUGCUUUGUUUUUUCUUAUAAUAUAUACACAGGCAACAGAAUGAGGCACACUCAAGGAAUUUGUAAAUCAAUUAAAUUCUUCUUAAAUUUUCUUUAAAUUCUUUUUGUUCAUAUAGCACAUAUUAAAGCAGUGUAAUGGCACCAAAUAGCCUUAAAGGGACACUAUAGUCACCAGAACAACUACAGCUUAUUGAAUUUGUUCUGGUGAGUAGAAUCAUUACCUUUGUCUUUUCAGAGAAAAUGCAGUGUUUACAUUACAGCCUAGUGAUAACUUCACUGGCCACUCCUCAGAUGGCUGUUAGAGAUCCUUCUUGGGUCAUGGCUGCCUAAAAUGCAUCCAAACAUUCAGUGUCUCCUCCCUAUGCAUGCAGACACUGAACUUUCCUCAUAUAGAUUCAUUGAUUCAAUUCAUCUCUAUGAGGAGAUGCUGAUUGGCCAGGGCUGUGUUUGAAUCAUGCUGGCUCUGUCCCUGAUCUGCCUCCAUGUCAGUCUCAGGCAAUCCUAUGGAGACGUACUGUGAUUGGAUCAGGCCAACUUGCUAUUCUGAGGCAAACAGAAUGCAGAGCUUACUUUUUGAAUAAAAGUAAAACUUUGCUAUAUUUAGGGAGUCAUGAGGGACCCAGGGGGGCUAGAUGGUGGUUUUAACACUAUAGGGUCAGGAAUACAUGUUUGUGUUCCUGACCCUAUAGUGUUCCUUUAAGCAGACACAAUGUAAUACAAGCGACAUGUAUAUCAGAAUAGAAGCCAUAAGUACGUGACAACCAAAAUAUCAAGUAAAUUUACGCUCCGUGAGGUUUAGAAAUAAAAAAACACAAAAUGAAACUUAAAACAAUACAUCCUCCGCAUUCAAGACACUGCACUGUCAGAUAACAUUGUGAGGACUUAUGCUGUGCUUAAUGUGUACCAUGGGUUUGCAUAGAAAACUGGACAGAUAUGUAGAAUUCGGCAAGGCAUUUGACACAGUAGACCAUGGCAUUUUUUUGCAAAAACUUGAAAACUCAGGCAUUGGUGAUCGUCCGUUAACCUGGUUUCGAUCGUAUGUUUCAGACCGAUUGCAAUAUGUGGCCAGGGCCGUCUUUAACGUGGGGCGAACAGGGCAGCUGCCCCGGGCCCAAUUACACCUGGGGGCCCAAAGCAGGUGCCCCAUGGGCCCUGCUUCCCGCAAAAAAAAUAUUUAUUUGCCCCAUGGGCUUGCCAAUGCUGCGUUUGCACCAGGGGCCCACACACUAAGGGGGCUUAUCCGGUGGCCCAUGAACUUGGGGCCACCCGAUGGGCUUUUGUCAGCAGGGGCCCUGCCAGGCGCUGUGGCCCUUUAACAGCACAACCUUGUUUAACACCAACUGGCUGAGAGGAAGUGACAGCUGUGAGUCACUUCAUCCCUGAGAGAGUGAAGCCACGUGGAGGAUCUCACUCCCAACUACCUCAGCCUGCCACUGGACCCCAGGAAAGCCACCUUCCUGUAUCCAAAAGGUCGAAACUGAAAGGUGUCUGCGUGUGUGUGUCAGGUUGUGUAUCUGUGUCAGUCUGUAUUUGCGUGUGGGCGCCAGUGUGUUUAUCUGUGUAUCUGCAUGUAUUUCAGUGUGUGUUUAUCUAUGUGUGUAUGUGUAUCACAGUGUGUGUGUGGCAGUGUAUGUGUACAUGUGCAUACAUCUCAUACAUUCAAAAUGCAAACACUAAACACAAGUACACCCCUGCAAUCAAACUUCAACACUACAUACAAACACACUCCUGCAUUGAAACAUCAACACUACAUACAAGCACACCAAAAUAAUGUAAAAACACACCUCUGCAUUACAAAAACAAACAGAAUACAUAAAAACACACCCCUACAUACACACAAACAUACUCCAUACAAAAACAUGCUUACAUUCAAACACACAAACACUGUUCAGUGCUAAAUGCAAUCCUGCAAGCAUGGGAAAAUGGUAGAGCCCCAGCUGUCAAAGCAUUGUUGGAGUUGCACGACAGAUAGGUACCGUAUAUACUCGCGUAUAAGUUGACCCGAAUAUAAGUCGAGACCCCUAAACUUACCCCAAAAAACUGGGAAAACUUAUUGACUCGAGUAUAAGACUAGGGUGGGAAAUGCAGCAGCUACUGGUAAAUUUUUAAAUAAAAUUAGAUCCCCAAAAAUUAUAUUAAUUGAAUAUUUAUUUACAGUGUGUGUAUAUAAUGAAUGCAGUGUGUGUGUGUGUGUGUGUAUAUAAUGCAGUGUGUUUGUAUGAAUGCAGUGUGUGUGUGUAUGAGUGCAGUGUGUGUUUGUGUAUGUGAUGCAGAGCCUUGGUGGGGGGUGGGCAUUUUUAUAUUUUUUCUAAAUUAUUUAUUUAUUUAUUAUAUUAUUAAUAUUUUUUAUUGUAAUAUUUUUUAUUUAUUUAUUAAAUUAUUUUUUUGUCCCCCCCUCCCUGCCAGGGAGGGGUGCUCUCAUUCCCUAGUGGUCCAGUGGAUGGGCUGUGUAGGAGGGGGGCUGGCAGAGAGCUGUAACUUACCUUUCCUUCAGCUCCUGUCAGCUCCCUUCUCCUACUUUAGUUCCGCCAAUGCGUUGGGGAAUGAAGGAGCAUGAUUGCAUUUUACGGAGGAGGGAGAAAGGGGUCCAGGGUGCCCAAUCAAAUGCUUUCCUAAGUCUCAAUCAAUAUUAAAGACGGCCCUGUAUGUGGCUAUAUAUCUGAUAGGGCUUCCCUCCCUCUUCCAGUCACGUGUGGUGCUCCCCAAGGCUCCAUACUCUGCACCCUGCUAUUCACAUUAGUUAUAAAUGAUCUGCCUAACGUCUGCAAAUCAUCAACUGUACACAUGUAUGCAGACGACACUGUAAUCUACGCUAGUAAACCCAAGCUACCACAGCUUGAGGCUGUGCUCCAAAACCAAUUCACAGAGGUAAAAAGGUGGAUAGCAGAUAACAAACUAUUCCUAAACACUGACAAAACUGUCACAAUGAUCUUUGGAACUGUACCUAAAUUACAUCAACUGCAAAAUCCACAACUGUGUAUCAAAUUUAAAUAGCACACUGACAGCAGUCUGCUCUUUUAAAUAUCUAGGUAUGUUGCUAGACCCCAAUCUAUCCUUUGGCCUUCACAUUGAAAAGAUUUCUUCAAAACUUUACUCAAAAGUAGGUGCACUGUACAGAAACAAAUCCUGCCUAAGCCCUACAGUAAGGAAACAGAUAGAUAGUGCAGCAAAUGCUAAUGCCGGUCAUUGAUUGUCGGGAUGUUGUGUAUGCACCCGCACUGCAAACCCACCUUAAUAAACUUAAAACAUUAGAUAAUUCAUUCUGCCGCUUUGUACUAGAAUGUAAUUACUUGACCCACCAUUGUGACAUAUUAAAAGAACUAAACUGGCUAUCGCUGGAAUCCCAAUGCACCCUUCAUCUUUCUAGCCUUGUGCAUAAGAGCGUUUCUGGAAAGCUCCCACCCUACCUGAGUCGAAUGCUCUCCCCGGCUGUUCCCACCUCCUAUAACCUGCGAUCCAGUACCAGUACGAUAUUUAGCAUACGGCAAUACAAAAAUAAAGUGACUCGAUCCAUAUUUUCCUACAGAGCACCGCAAUUAUGGAAUAACCUCAGGGACACAGUCAAAUCUUCAUUUAAUCUAAAAUCUUUUAAGAGAUCUAUGGCAAUAUACCUCAAUACAGAAUGCACCUGUAAUGGUUGAAUAUAUUUAUUAUCUGUUAUGUAUUAAAUUUAUAUAUGUGUGUAUGUGUAUAUAUAUUAUAGUUUGUAUAUUGUAUUUUUGUAAUAUUGUACCCUAUUGUAACAAUGCAUGUUUUGUGGACCCAGGACAUACUUGAAAAUGAGAGAAAUCUCAAUGUAUCCAUCCUGGUAAAAUAUUUUAUAAAUAAAUAGUCAUGUAUGAGGGGAAAAUAAUGGCAGAGCAGAAGCUAAUUAGAGUUGCUUACAAAACCAGAGGUGAUAAUAAAAUGGGGCUUAAAAAUUGUGGAAAUAAAUAACUCAAAAGCUGUCUAGUAAAAUAAAAAGGAUACAAAAAAUAAGUUCAGACAGUUUACAGCCGGAGGAUCCGCCGACCCAACCAUGGCUCUCCCUGGGACAGUUUCAGCUGGAACUGCCAAUGCUUGAAGAAGGGCAGGUGCGUUUUUGAAGCUGCAUAAGUGGGAACUUCUUGCCGUCUUUCUCUGCCAAUAGGCAGUGUGAACACCAUCUGUAUGCAAUUUAAGCCUCUCUUUGUAGCUUGAGAGAAGUGAUUGCCUCCAUUGCAUGGUUAAAACGACAACUGUAAACCCUCAAAAGACAGUGAGGGAGAUACUCUUGUGGCUCCCAAAACUGCAGACUAGCCAGAGUCCCUUUGAAAUUGUAGGAACACAUCACUAGGGCCUCAGCAGCAGCUUGGUUGGCUGGCGUUGGCGACAGCAGUGUGGAUAGCAAACGCUGUAUGCAGUGUGGCAUUUCUUCUGGUGAGACAGACUUGCCAGCCGUAGGGCCAAUUCACUACAUUUCUUUUGAAGGUUAUGGAGCGCUUCAUCUGUGGCAGAUUGUGCUAAUUGUGUACCUUUUAGCUCUCCUUCCAAGCCUGGACACAGCCUGUCAGCGUGGCUACUUCCUCCCUUAAUACAGCCAUGUUUGCUCAAAACAUAGCUUUGAUGUCUUGCAAUAAGGCUUUUAUAUUCACCUUUGUCGAGAGAGCAGCAUCCUCCAGCCCAGAAGGCUGUGUGAUCAUGGGCAGUGAAACCUGCGUGGUGGCAGGGAAAUCUUCCUCCUGUAUAUUCUCGGCCUCAGAUGAAGCCGCGGAGUAGGCCGCAGUCGGUGCUAUCUUGGAAAGCGCUGGUUGAUGUGGCUGUCUGAAUAAGCUCUCGAUAUCUUGGCAGCCGGGCCUAGGAUCCGCUCUGUGUUUUGGUUUUUUUAGUGUCGCACCAUGUUCGGAUUGAGGUCAGUAAUAUCCCCAUGAGUAGCUGAAUAGGCUCUGUAAUUAGGCGAUGGCCCAGAGCUCACUGGGAGUGCGACCAUCUCACUUGGGUGCUGCCUCCCACCCCCCACUAAAUUCUUACUUAAAGGACCACUAUAUUGCCAGGAAAACAAACUCGUCCCACUCCCGUGGCGCUGAAGGGGGAGGAAGGGGUUAAUCUCUUACCUUUUUUCCAGCGCCGGGCCCGGCGCUGGGACUUUCCUCCCUUUUCUGAUGUCAUCGGCUGAAUGCGCAAGCCCGGCUCAUAGGAAAACUGCUAUAUUUACAGCAGAAAGGGUUAAUCCUAGAUGGACCAGGCACCCAGACCACUUCAUUAAGCUGAAGUGGUCUGGGUGCCUAUAGUGGUCCUUUAAUCCAAAGGUGUAUUUACAAUUGACAAAUUCCUUGAGUGCGCCUCAUUCAGUUUUUUUAAUUUUAGCCGAAAGUGCAGCUCGUGGUACAUACAACAGGAGAUUGGCUCUUGCAGAUAGAUAGAUAGAUAUGCUGCAUAUUUUGUGUAUUUGUUUGUGUCUACACACCAGUAUAUAUGUAAUUAUACACAAAGCUCUUUUUUUACACCCACUUUCACAGCAACACAUUUUGAAUAUGUUAACAUUAAUUAGUAGCUCUGGGCUUAAAGCAAGGCAAUUAUUUUUCACAUUUAAGCGACGGGUGGGGAUACCGUAUUUAUGAGGCACAGAUAAAUUAUUGAGCUUCUGAAUAAGUUGCAGUAUUUUUUUUAAUCAUUUCUCCAAAUUGUUAAAGGGAUCUCCAGGAAACUAUAAACAAUAGUGUCACCUGGUCCCUAGGCUCUCGGCAAUCUGCAUGGAUGUUCAUUUGAUGAGCACAUUAUCAUCUGCAACACAAAAAAAUGAACAAGUGAGUGUCUUCAGAAAGCAUUGCAAGGAUGUAUUAACUUUUAUUGUCCAUUUGCAGAUGCAAAAUAAUUUUUGAGAAAUUUUGAGAGCCAUUUACUGUCAUUUUUUUGUAAUUAUAGUAAAACCUUUUUUAAAAAAUCAUAUUAGCUCAUAGAAGAAUGUUAGUUUGUUAAACUGUAUCUGUCAUCAGAAAUUUUCUAAAAUACAGGUUAAGGAACACAAAAAAACAGUUUCACAUUUUACAAGGCUACUUUAAUAUCCCUUACCUCGGCAAACAAAUGUGGGGUUUCAGUUCCACCAUGUGGCCAUAUCAGAAAUGUUCUGAGUGAGUGUUUUUAAAUGGAGCAAUUGUAGAAUUUCUAUAUAACCAUUGCUUCUCUGUGGACAUACAGCAAAUUACAAAGGUUAUUUAACAAACCUGAGAUUUUGAUUGGUUCCUGCCAUUGUGCUUUUUGCAACAUUUCAUUCUGCAAAUGUCACUGUGAUGCAAACCCAAGAUAACUUAAAGGGACACUCCACUGACCAAAUACAAAUUAAAAUCACUGUUUAGUAGAUACACACCAAAUGAAAACCUGCACACAUUUAAUAAUUCAUUUUACAUUGAGCUUAUAUCUAAAAACUGUUUGCAAAAGCUGCAGAUAUCUUGUCUGCAGCCCUUGCAAGCCCUCCCCUUCUAACGCAGACUUUCUGUGACUGUCCAAUCAUAGACUCCAAAUGCAGCUCAAUGAGAAGUCUUUGCAAGGCAGAUUGCCUUAUCCUCAUUGCUGUGGAAACGAACAGUGGAAAUCUUCAUUCUCCCAUUACCUCAUCGGGGUAAGGCCUACAUAAAGACCCACCACCAUUCUGACAAGUAAGGUUUUAAGCAAGCUAAAGUGCUUUAGGGGUCUGGAGUAUCUCUUUAAACCCUAUCAAAUUGUUAUAGCAUAAAGUUGUCUUGACUUUUCUAUAUUAAUCAACCCCACCCCUAUUUUUUUUAAUGGAAUAAGGUGUUUCCCUCCAGUGGUGGAGCUAACGUAGUGAGGGCCCUGGUGCAACAUUUAUUGGGGCCAGAUAUCGGACGAUGUGAAGGCUACUAUGAAACUAUUAGAUUCCAUAAUACUGACAAGUUCUUUAUUCGUUUUAGGGGGUCUCAAAUAGGAUAUAGAGUGGUGACUACUCACCGUUUUUGACAGUGGUUCAAAUUUUAUGCAUAACAAUAGCUUGGAGACUCCCUCUCGAUGCCAAUCUACAAUUUCAGUACUAUAUGUAACACCGUACAUUCCAUCCAGCACCUUUACAAUCUCCACAGUGUCAAAGGGUCUUCCAUUACACUGGGGAAGAGCGUACUCCUACUGUAACAAGUUUGUAAUAUAUAAGCACAGAUUGUUUUUAAUGUAUACUUGCGUCACAGGAUACUACUUGUGGCAGGAAUGUUUUUCUGACCCAACUAUUGCUUCAAAUCAGUUUGCUUCUGUUUGCAACUCAUCAUCUUAAAGCGUCUGACAGUUCUGAGAGAGAAUCUUUAUGGGAAACAUAAGUAGAUUGGAAUAUUACUGAAAUUCGAACAUAUACAUGAGAUAAUAUUGGAUCUACUUUGACGCUGCAUGGUAGGGUGGAGAAAGUCUUUUGGGUCAAAGCUUGAUGUAAUUACAAUGUUACCAUAUCCUGCCACUUCUCAACUAACAAACUAUAGUUUUUAAUAUGUGUAUGGCUGCAGCGCAAUGUGAGCUACCCUCACUAUAGUACAGCCUGCUAAUUAUCCAAGAUAUUUCAGCCCUAAUCCCAAGAAUCAGAAAAAUGCCUGUGGUCGUCUAUGACCAUCUUAAACAGUAAACAUGGCUUGCUUUCUUUUAGUUGUGUGCUUUUGUCCUGGACGAUGGUGCUUUUUGCAAGCAAGCGUCAAACAUCUGACUAGUGUCUCUGUCUGCAUCCUGUGACAUCUGGCUAUAAACCACAUAAGAUAAAGUCCACUGUUGUUUUCAGGGGUAGCUUUAGAGGAUCACAGUUCUAGAUCACAGCCCAAUGCAUACAUAUGUGAGCAUACUAUAUAUAUUUUUUUCCAUGCAUUGUUUGGACAAAAGAAUAAAACUCUCCCAGGACAUUAAUAGCUUAUUCCUAGAAAAUGCGAAAUGUCAGCGCCGUUUUUGAAAGAUGUUUAAAGGUGGCCUUGGGCAGCUUUUCCUUAAAUCAGAUCCUUGUGUGUUUUUUUUUUGUUUUGUUUUGUUUUUUUACAAAUAUAGCUAGUGGAGUAUUAAAGGGGGAUGAGUUUGCAUAUAUGGUGGGAACUAAUUUGACAGAGACAAUUCCACAUGGAUAAUUCAUUUUUUGUGAUUAUUUCUUUGCACACAGUUAAGACAAAGGCUUGUGUUACUAAUCUUUUCCAUAUAUCUUUGUUUAAUUUGUGACUCCACCAGAAUAUUAAUUUGUGCUUUUUUCUUUUAUAGAUCUUUUUUUGAACGUGAGUUGAACAUGGUCUUGGGCCUUCUCUAGAAUAACAAUAUGUAGACAUUAACGAAUCACAAAAGCCUCUACACCAGCUGCUGCCAUGACUAAAACAGAUUUGUCUGUUGCUGUCAGUCAUAAUUAGUUGGGUAUUAUGCAGAUAGUGAGCCUGAGGUGCUGGAGGCUAAUGGAAUCAGCUUAAAUUAUUGCCAGCUGAUUGCAUUUAAGAAUGUAUCAGUAAUCAGAUAUUGCAUUUUGGUGCUUCUUAAAUAUUUGAUGUCUCCAAGUGCUUGUUCUUCGUGCCUUCUUAGCUGGUUACUUUUGCAAGUAAUUUCUCCGAUAAGAGUUCUGUGUCAUAGAGGUCAAGGAGAAUUGAUAAGGAGAUUGCAAAUUUGAAGGUGUCAGGGUUUCUACAUUUGCCAGGCAGGAAGUUUGGCAUAACAUGUACUAUUGCGAUGAUAGUACUCAUCAAUUUCCUAUUUAUUGUAUAAAACCCAGCAUGUGUGCAUAAAGAAACGGUUGCCAGCUCCACCAUAUUUCCUAGGCAGCUAUCACUUCAUGUUGACCAGACAGUUAAAGUGCUGUCAUAUGUAGAGUUCAUAUAAUAAAGGAAUACUAAGUAGUUAAUUAUUUGAUAUUCCACUGCAGCAUUUGAAUUGUACAUGCUGAAGGACAGCAUGUUUCUUGUUCAGCCAAUGUAUAAUGGAUAUGUGUGCCAGCAAAUGUGGAUACCUGAUUUGUGUCCAAGCAAAUACCAAGUUCAUCAAGAGCGCAUGAAUUGAUAUUUCAGUUCUAAAAGGAGACAUUUUAAUUUUCCUUUUAAGCGUUACGAAUAAACACCUGGAUAUCAGAGCUCUCUAUAUAUUAUAUUGCCGUUAAAAGAAAUAUAUGGAGCAUACGUGACUUGGUCAGUUGGCCAGGUACCAUAUAAACUUGGUGUCAGAGUAACCUGAAUUGGCUGGUGCAUAACAUUUGUGAGUUCACUCAGGAGUGCCUUGACAUGUCCGAACUGCCCCAUCUCAAAUAAUAAAAACUAGUAUUUAUAUAGCGCCUUUCUCCCAGUGGGACUCAAAGCGCUUUUCAGCGCACGCUCACGGAAUUAACCAAAUCGGCAGCUGAACAGCACUAGAUGUUAUUACCCAAUUGAUGGUACUCAUUUUAUCGACCUCGGCAUGAUAAAGGGCUGAGUUGACCCUGCCGGGAGUUUGAAGAGGCUUUGUAGUCAGGGAAUUUACCAACUGAGCUACCUCACCGUCUUUACCAACUCUGCUACCUCACAUGGUGGUAGGGAAGAGAUUUUUACACUUUAACUACUUUUUAUGAAUACUACAGAGCAGCACUUUUCAUGUACUCCCCAUCAACAUGAAGUGUUUAUGUCCAGAGAAAUAUGGCUGACCUUUCAUGCUUCCCAUACAUGUUCAGUGUUAAAAUAGAGGACUUAUAAGGCAUUUGAAUGGCUAAUUCUGGGCUAUUGAAGUUAUUUCUGGUAUUUGCUCUACCUCCAUCUAUCUUUCUCAUAUUCAGACCCUGUGUCGCGGGUUAAUUUCUGUCAUGCCAGAGAAAAAGGAAGCAAUUGAGAGGAAAGCAAGCUCUCUAAAACGCAAUGCACAUAAACAAGGCCAUUUUACUGCUUGUUUAGUGACUGGGAGAACAAGUGUCAGCAGUGACAUAAUGGACUAGUCUAACCACCAUAAUAACUUUAUUGCAAAUGUUAGGUGGAGAGAGUAUCCUGUACCCACUCUAAAAAGCAGUGGCUUUUAACUGGGAAGCCACCCCUUUCCAGGCCCCCUCCGUUUGUGUCAACGAAAGGUUUUGGAACCAACAAAUAAAAGCUGCCAUUAUGGGUGUGACUUAUUUUCUCACUUGUAUGUAUAAUUAGAUUAAUUAAUUUUCACUCUGCCUCUCCAGCCGACUUCUCAAAAGGCACAAAGGGGUAUUUUGUAGAAAUUAACUUGUUUCCCAUCAUUACAGAGUCACCCCUGACAAACCACUUCAAUCCAAGAAACAAGGCCUUACAGAACGACUUGUCAAAUUGAUUGGCCCUUCUGUUGAAUGAAGUAAAACAAAAAAACUAGCUCUGCAGAAGGUUGGAGUGGAUGAAUACUAGUAGCCUGUUUUCCGAAGGCAGAUGACAACCAUCUACCAAUCCCCUUAUCUCCCCAUCUGCUACAGACACUCAUAGUUAUAUGUCUAUCAACACGUAACCUCUAUCCAUUGGUUCUAGUACCCUUCAUUUUGUGCAUGCACCCACCGGCCUUCUGUCCAAAUGCUCACAAAACCAGGGUGACGUGUCCUCUCUGUGUCCUUGCAGAAACAUUUUUGUGCCACCAUCGCUCAGCCACACACUUAGGCUCCUCACUGACAAAACCCACUGACUUUCCGGGUGGUGUCCAAAUCUUUUGGAGAACAUUCAUGUCAAUUCAUCCUGGAGAAUCUGGCCUCUUGAUCUCACGGAGCUCUGUGUUGCACGCUCAAUGUAAUAGAUAUAAGUUUGCAGUGUCUUAUGAAGCGAGGCUUCCAAAACAGUUAGUCCGUGUGAUGCUAACAGACAAGAUGUCUAGCAAGCUUCCCCUUCUCUCUCUGAGCUGUUAAAGAUGUCAUGUAUGGCACCAUAUCGUCAUUGUUGUGAAACAGGCAGAAAUCUUCCUUCUCCCAUUCACCUUAUCAGGGAUACGGCCUACCUAAAGACACACCACCAUCCUGGCAAGAAGGGUUUGCCUAUGUUCUAUUGAGAACUUUGAUUUUGUUUUUAAGAGAUAUGGGCAAACAUGAUUAUUACAUACAUUUUCUUUCCCAUUUACACUUUGUUUUAUGGUUCCUAUGUGACAAACUAAAUUAAGACUUUUCUCAGCUAAACCGUAUGUUGCAAGCAGAGGCAGUAAAAGUUUAUUGCUUUCUUUUGACCAAGUUGAGUGUAAUUAUUACCCAUUACCCAGUGGUUGCAAGCACAGUCCUCGGGGUACACCGACAGUCCAGUGUUUGUCAGUAUAAUCCCCACUGCUGCCUCGAGGACUAGGUUGGGAAUCCCUGCACCUAGCGUUUUUCCCCUCUCUCCCCCCUGCUCUUUUUAAAGGUUUGGUGUAAUGGUAUGAAGAGAAGUGUUCAUGAUGCCUUGUAGACCUCUUUGGCAGAAUAAUAGUUAAUUUAAAAGCUUGUCCCAUCUCUUUUUUUACCUGCUCUCAUUGGUUUACUAAUUACAUUGAUCUUUGCUCUGCUUAGGCAAUAGAUCUGAAACUCACGGACACAGAUUACAACAUCAGCGUAAUACAUAUAAAUGAAUGAAUUGUCGGUACAGCUAAUAGUCUAAGUAGGAAAUUGUGAUCAUCUUUUUUUUCAGGCCCCAAGGCUUAUUAGUGUCUCAUCAAAUGCAGAAAACACAACUGUAUCUUCUGGCUCGCUGGAAGCCUGAUGUAAGAAGCAAUUUCACAUCAAGUGUAAUUUGUGCAAGAACUUGAAAUAAUUAUUCAUGUAGUGCCAGGAACAGAUAGCUUAUUUAAUCUAAUGUGGGUUUCUGUAAUUUUUAUGGUACAAAUAGCUGCUGUAAUAAAAUGAUGUCCUAUUUUUUAUUUAUUGUUUUAUAUUUUACAGAUUUUGUUGAACUUGGAAAUAUUGGACGUCCCAAUAAGGUCUCUUCCAAGUGACGGGAGAUCUUCUCAAUGCCCACUAAUGUCACAUCAGUAGAUUGAGAUGGACUGGGACCCCUCUGCUGCGAUGCAGGUUGGAAUGCGUGUAGUGAGGGGCAUAGAUUGGAAAUGGGUCAACCAGGAUAACGGAGAAGGAAGUUUAGGAACGGUGGUGGAAAUCGGCCGACAGGGAAGCCCAACAACACCGGAUAAGACAGUGGUUGUGCAGUGGGAUCAUGGCACCAGGACUAACUAUCGAACAGGCUUCCAGGGAUCAUAUGACCUGCUGUUGUAUGAUAAUGCUCAAAUAGGUAGCUGCAUGCAUGAAAACUUGGCUUUGUUUCAUUUUCUGGAAUGCUAUAUCUUAGAAUAUUGAGAAGUAUUAAACUUUGUUCUUUUACUGAACAGGAAAAUUGUACUGAUCUCUGCUUAUAGAAACUGUGCAGGGGAUAGAAUUUUAUUUUCAUGUGCACAGUACAUGGUUUUUUAAUAUAAUCAAAAAUUUUACAAUACCGUAGGAUAUUGGGGGAAAGAAAAUAGUUUUGCAGAGUAAAUUAAAUAUUUGUUUAUUUUAAUAAGAGCCCUUUAUGAAUGAUUUCUCCCUUUUUCAAUGUCUGUCUGUAUGUCUGUUCUCAUAAACAGACUGAUUUCUUUAGUACCAUUUUAUUUGUGAGUAACUUAAAGAGUCACAUGGUUUAUUCUGCUUGUCACUAGAACAGGCAGUAGGUGAUGCCCUUUAGCCUUCUCCUAUAGUUUUGACUAUUAAUCUACUAUUGAAUUAAUCUACUACUAUUUUACUCCUAUCUUAAAUUUUAAUCAAUUGACUACAAAAUGCAAUUAUUUCCCAGGCGUUCGCCAUCCUAAUAUCAUCUGUGACUGUUGCAAGAAGCAUGGAAUUCGUGGAAUGCGUUGGAAGUGCAAAGUUUGCUUUGACUAUGACCUGUGCACUCAAUGCUACAUGAACAACAAACACGACUUGUCCCAUGCCUUUGAGAGAUAUGAAACUGCCCACUCUCAGCCGUAAGUAAAAAAGCCAGUCAGUAGUUACAGUAUGUGUUGAGUUUUUCUUCAUAUGUAGUAGUGAGGCUUGUCAAAAGACAUGAGAAAAGUCUGGCCCUACAUAUACUUUUCAAAACAUUGUGGCUUUUGUUUCUGUCAUGGUCUGGUUUUCAGUCAUAUUUAUGGACAAUACACCAGAAGCCUUUUAAAUCUUUUAGCAUUACAGUUUUACUACAGGAUAUAGUUAAGCUGUACCUAGACAUGGGUAAUGCAAUGACGUACUACUGGACAACUUAAUGUGAUAUAAUAUAGACUAAUCUAUUUGUUUAAUACAUCCAAAAUUAUCCACAAAGUAUAUUGAGAAGCAGCUUCACCCUAAUGAUGAAAAACUAAUUUUAAGACAUUUGAACAUGUAUAUGUUUUACAUAUAUUUCUAUUAUAUUUCUGUUUCCUCUGUGUAAAAUUUACAACUUUUUUCAAACACACGGGCACAGUAGUUCUUCUGUUCUACCACCAGUGAUCGUAAAUGUUGGUCAAUGUAAAUGAUGGUCAAUCCCAUUGUACAAAACUAUGGAAUUUGCUGGUGCUAUAUAGAUAAUAUAAUAAUAAUAAUAAUGUAUUUGUUUGUUGACUCAAUUCUACAUGAUGUUAAGCCACUAUAAUGAUGUAACUAAGAUUGUUAAUGGGACACUAUAGUCACCAGAACAACUACAGCUUAUUGUAUAUGUUCUGGUGAGUAUAAUAUAGUAUAUAAUUAUAAAAAAUAAUUAUAGUAUAAUUCCCUUUAGGCUUUUUGCAGUAAACAUUGUCUUUUCAGAGAGAAUGCAGUGUUUACAAAUACAGCCUAGUGAUAACUCCACUGGUCACCUCUCAUAUGGCUACUAGAGUUACUUCCUGGGGCAGAUGCUGUUUGGCUUGUGCUGGCUCUGCCCCUGAUCUGCUUACUUGACAGUCUCAGCCAAUUAUAUACUUUCCUAUGGGAAAGCAUUGUGAUUGGCUUUAAUAAACACUUAUGAUGAUGUCAGCCAAGGAGGCAAAUCAGGGGUAGAACCAGCAGUAGCAGACUGAAAUAAAGAUAUGAUUUUACUAUAUUUUGGUGGGGCCAGGGGGACUAGAUGGUGGUUUUAACACUAUAGGGCCAGGAAUACAUUUUUGUGUUCCUGACCCUAUAGUGUCCCUUUAAAGCUAUCAUUUGGAAUGUAAAAUUUAAAAAUAGCCAAUAAAGACAAUGUGCACAACAGGCCAGAUGCCGUAAGGCAAGGAUGGUUGAAUAUAGAUCCUUCGAGUAUUGGGGAACUACAUUUACCAUUAUGCAUUGCGAACACUAAAGCUGGGGAUCUUAUUUUUAGCCACCUCUCUUAAUAGCUCCUUAAAUCAUGUUUAAUAAUGAAAUCUAUUUUUUAUUUGUUUGGGCCAAGUAGUUUAACACCAAGUAGUUAAAAUCAGUUUAGCCUGCACCCUGUUUUCUGCUCUCCCUAAGUUUAAAGGGUAAUCCAGAUGUGGAUCCCUUGCUCACGGUGCCUAGAGGGAUAUUGGCUAUACCUUACUGACAAUGCCUAACAAGGUUGAAGCAUAGAAACAUAGAAUGUGAUGGCAGAUAAGAACCAUUCGGCCCAUCUAGUCUGCCCAAUUUUCUAAAUACUUUCAUUAGUCGCUAGCCUUAUCUUAUAGUUAGAAUAGCCUUAUGCCUAUCCCAUAGGGAAGCUCCUUUACUGUAUUAACCUCUACUACUUCAGCUGGAAGGCUAUUCCAUGCAUCCACUACCCUCUCAGUAAAGUAAUACUUGCUGAUAUUAUUUUUGUCUGGGGUUGCUCUAUCUCUCAUGCAAAGAGAACAGGUCUGAAUUUUGGAUCUAUCCUUCCCUUUUGGGUGGGAUCAGUCUGAUAUGCAAAUGGCCCUGGUUCUUUUUGUAAUAGCACAAGAUGAGCUAAAACCAGCAUGCGCGGGAAUCCACCGAAGGGCAGGCUAAUUGAGCUGUUGCCCGUUCUCAGUAUUCUGUGGCACCCUGUUUUUUGCUUUCAGUUUAGCCUCUAAUUUCUAUACUAAAAUUGGUUACUCCUCUUAUAGUAGUUUACAAAACCAUCACACACAAUACCCUUCAUAGGUCCUGUUUAGCUAAGACUCAGCCUAUUUACCAUCAAGUCUUUUAUCCAGAUUUACUUGUAGAAUUAUGUGCUACCAAUAGGGGGAGACAUCAUCUCAUUAAAUAACUAUUUUGGACAUUUUAUUCUUUAUUGCCAGUGAUUCCAAUAAUCGGUUUUCAUGUUCUUUUAAAAUAAAGAACAAAGGUGCAAUAAUUAUAUGUAAGAAUGUGCAUUAAUUAUUGAACAAACAAAAUUAAUUCAAAGGACACAUUUCCUCUAAAGCCCUUGUUAAAUUGAAAGCUCUGGGCAAUAUAUUAAUAGUUACAGUCCUUCUUAGCUAAUUAGUAUGUUAUUUAAUGAUCAGCAAAGCCAUUUCAGACAGUCCCAGUGGUAAUUAGCAUAAUUUGCUGGAACAUUACCUAAUGUUAAAGCUGUCAAAUUGUAGCUUUGGCAUGCCCUGGACAUUCUAAACUUAAACACGCACAGAUAAUAUCACAAACACUGCAAACUUUCAGCUUUUGAUGAUUCUCAGUAUUAUUAUUUUUUUUUUACAGCUCACAUCCUUUGUCCCUACAAAGGCAAUUAUAUUUCAGUAUUGACGAACAGACCAGUAACCUUUUUUUUCUCUAUUUAUUUAUUUUUUGUCAUCUUUGGAUGUCUUUUGUCUAUAUAUUGUCCAUUCUUACUGUUUUACUUAGGAUAGGGACUUAUAUUUUUUUCUAAAAGAGGCACCUAGUUACAAGGUAGGGCAGGUAAUAACAGCAGCAGGACAUUUGUUUCCUGAUGAACCCCAUUCGACUCGUGAAUCCUUGUCUUGACUGCUGUAGCCCUGAACCGCAAACCCUGUGUUAUAACUCAACUACACAGUCUACAUUAUCACUCCAUCCAGAAAAACACAGCCCAUAAACACUACAUACUAACACAUGUUUCCAGUGAUGCACACUUGUAUAAUCCAGCAUUCUGUCUCCAGUCCAAGUGGGAAACCCUGACACUACCUGGAACCAGUCCCACCAAGUGUCAAUUUCACUACACAGGUUUUCUAUUAGAAAAUCAGUAACUUUGGUCUUUGUUAAACAUAGAGUGUUAUUCACUAAACGUAAUUUUUGAGAAUUAUAUGCGAAUGUUGAAACUGUAGCAAAAAUAGCCAAGUUUCUAUCUUGGAGGAAAGACGUGACAGGGGGGAUAUGAUAGAAACAUUUAAAUAUAUAAAGGGAAUCAACACAGUAAAGGAGGAGACUAUAUUUAAAAGAAGAAAAACUACCACAACAAGAGGACAUAGUCUUUAAUUAGAGGGACAAAGGUUUAAAAAUAAUAUCAGGAAGUAUUACUUUACUGAGAGGGUAGUGGAUGCAUGGAAUAGCCUUCCAGCUGAAGUGGUAGAGGUUAACACAGUAAAGGAGUUUAAGCAUGCGUGGGAUAGGCAUAAGGCUAUCCUAACUAUAAGAUAAGGCUAGGGACUAAUGAAAGUAUUUAGAAAAUUGGGCAGACUAGAUGGGCGAAUGGUUCUUAUCUGCCGUCACAUUCUAUGUUUCUAUGUUUCUUAAGUUGUGACUAUAUCUCAGUAGGAGAUUUUCCACAGAAAUGUAAUGCACAAAAUGUUGAUUUUAGGGAAUAACCCUGUGACAUUUUUUUCUUGGAAGAGAAUGACAAGAGGUGGAGCCGGAUUCCAGUGUCUUGAAUUUUAUUCAUAAAUACAUUUGUCAUCAUUCCCAGUGCUUGGCAUACCCUAUUAUAUUAAAAAAACUUACAAAUUGACAUUUUAAAAGGUGUUGACAAACCUAGACAUGUUUAGCUAUAGAUAGGUAGAGAGCUGAAGAUAUUUAAUUUGUUUUGUUUUUCGUCCUUUUGCAGUGUCUUAUUGAACCCACGCCAAGGCCUGCCUCGUAUUGUACUGAAAGGUAUCUUACAAGGAGCCAAGGUUGUACGUGGCCCAGACUGGGAAUGGGGUAAUCAGGAUGGUAAGUAGAGAAUAUUGUGAAAUGUGUUUUUUUUUGUUAAAUUGUAACCGCACUGUAGCCAGUGAUAAAGCUGGGUUUGCAGGUAACGUAAGAAGGUAACAUACGCUAUAAGCAGCCAUUAUGUAUGAAGUCUAUUAGUGGAUGUGACCAUGGAUACAGUUUGCAGAGGUACAGAGAAUGACGUUCUACACUUCAUAGGAAGUAAGCUCGUAUGGCAGUCAACACAAAAAAUAUUGGGGAGAUUUAGCAAACUGUCCGGUUUAAAAAAAAAAAGGGGGGGGGGGGGGGGCAGUUGAAGAGUCACCAGUGGAAUGGUUUUCAUGAUGAUAGCCCCACUUUUAGUAUUGUAGGCUACUUUUUUUGAAAGAACACUUUGAUAAAUAUCCCCCAUUGUUUUAACUCAUGUGUUCUAUCCUCAAUGACUAAUCACCACCUCAGCCAAGAUAGCCAUGAUUUCAUUCACUAAUUCAGCUUCUUUUCUGCCCACAACUAUUUGAUAUGCACAGAAAAAGCAUGAAUAGGACUGAACAGAAUUCACAGUGACAUAUGUUCAGUAUCAAAUAAAACGAAUCAGGGUUAUUGACUAAAGUAGGAAUUCAAAUUUAAGGUCAAAAUAGUUUAUAUAUAGUUUUAGUGAAUAACGCUGUAUUUGUUUAGUUUAACAAUAUAUAAUUGAUGCACUAAUCUACACAAAUGGCAAAAUAGAUUUAAUAAAAUUAGGAGUGAUAUAAAGUAUCCAUUGGCACUGACCCGAUAUUAAAGGAACACUCACACUUCCAUAACCACUUCAGCUUAUUGAACCUCUAGCACCCGAAACAUCUGGUUUAGCAAUCACUGACCGCACAUUGCGAUGAAUACUACGUACUACUGACAUUCUCAGGCUAUCAGUCGCCUAAAGGAGAAGGCAAUGCUCAGACACUUCGACCCCUGUAACAUCUACAUGGAGCUGGUAUUUGAAAUGGGAGUGUUUCCUUCACUGCCUUGCAAUUCCAGUAGCAGAAUUCAAAAAUGCUGUCCCUGCGCAGUAACCUUUUAAUUCUAUUGCUUUUCAUCUCCCAGUGAGUCAAUCAAGUACCUGCCUGCUGUCCAAGUCAGUCUCUCUCACUUACAGGACCUGUGCUGUGACAUGGCUCGGGGACUAAUUAAUAUUAAGGCAAAUUUUUAAUAUUUAUUUAUAUACCCAUUGUACAGCGCUAUGGAAUCUGAUGGCGCUAUAUAAAAAAAUAAUAAUAAAAAAUAAUAAUAUGGAUUCUAGCCUGAAUGUCUUCAUUAUAUAUUCUUACAAUGUAAUAAAUAAUUGUAAUUUUUUAUUUUUUUUUCUGAUUUGUGGUGAAACUACAUUUCUCCGCACAGUGCUAUAUGAACCAAAAUAAUGUACGCUUUGUUUGUUGUAUUUUCUCCAACACACACUGAAAGCAGGAACAGAUAAUCCCAGCUGGCCUUCUAUUACUUGUGUCUAAAUACUGGCUCCUGCUAUUAAUAUAUGUCAUCUCUUUGCCUUAGGCAGAGUCACAUGGCUCCUGCAUAACAUUAGUGUCCAGCUGUCAUUACCUUGCUCAAGCAUAGUGUCUCUCUAUAUGACUAUGGGAAGGUUUAACAGUAAUACUGUCACAUAUUAUAUGUUAUAAAAAGGCACUGUUUUAAUAUAUUCAAUGAAAGGGACACCGCAUCACUUUGCAACAAUUGUCUCAUUCAAAAGCUAUAGAUUUGAAUAAGGUAAUUGUCACAUUCUGCAGACUGAAAAAAAAAAUUAAAUAUGAUUUUUUUUAUUUACCUGCUUCUUCUUUCUUAUGUUUUCCACACCCAAUCAUGGGGGGGCAUUAAUCUAACCAAUCAGUGUCCUAUCCCUAAGAAUGCUGGAAAAGUGCAGUGGGCAUGCCUGUCAGAUUUACACAUGUGUAGUUGGAAUUCAUCUUGCAACAUCCUGACAGGGGGAGAAGAGAGGGAGUUUGAUCAGUGUAAUCAUGUACAGCAGGCUCCAGUGUUAGAUUUCUAAUCGUGCCCUGUUUCUACCAUUUGUGGACUGGUCUGAAACAGAUAUGGGUCGGAAAGAGGGAGUGGGCCUGAAGAAACUCCCCUAGCUGAGAGGUGUGUACAAUAAUGCAAUCUGACCAGUUUAUAGUAAGUUUAUAAAUAUUUUUCAGUGUUUUGUUUUUAAUUCUCAAGUAGUGCAUGUCCUUAACUAUACUCGAUUAAAUAGGAAAGGAAAAGGCAAAUACAGAUUUACAUUUUACAAACAAUUAUUCCUAAAGCUAUAGUGUCCUUCUGAUUAUUUUGAUUAUUGGGUGUUCCCUCUAAGGGAAAAAACGGUUUUACCUUAUAUCCUGCAGCGCACUGGUGUCCCUGCCUCCUUGGCUGAUGAUCUAAACCAACCCAAUACUUUCCCAUAGGAAACCAUAGGGAGGCUAGUGUGCCAAUUAGCAUCGCCUUAUAGAGGUGUAUUGAAUAAGUGCAUCUUUUUGAGUAGCAUUCAGUGUCUCAAUGCAGAACGUGGAGACGCUGAGAAUUGGUCCUGCAUACAUUAUAGAACUUAACCCAGGAAGCACAUUUAGUGGCGGACUAAGUAACGGCCACAAGAGGAGCUAUUAGGCAGCAAAGUGAACCCUGACUUUUCUCUGAAAAGGCAGUGUUUGCAUUGCAGAGUCUGCAGAGACAUGCUAUGGAAACCAGUACCAUUACAUUAAGCUGUAGUGGUUCUGGUGACUAUAGUGUCCCUUUAACAUUUCACAUCUUUGAAUUUCUACUGUAGUAUUACUUGUGUACAUGUUUAUUUAGAGAGUGAAGAAUUGUUUCACCAUCACAAAAAUCACCUGUGUGGAAAAAUUCUAAAUAUAAUUUAAAUGUUUUAGCACUUUUCUCCAGUUCAUUUGUAAACUCAUGUCCCUUGCUUCCUGUUGCAUGCCAUUAUGGUAGCUUACAACUGAUUAUAUUAAAAUGUGUCUUUGGCCCGUCAUAUGUGUACCCAUGGCCAAAUUAACCAGCAUGAGAUAUACUAAAGUAAUGUAGUAGCAUCAAUAUGGUUAUGCUCUGUUCUUGCUCUGUUUACUAGGUGGGGAAGCAAAAGUUGGCCGAGUAGUUGAUAUUCGUGGAUGGGACGUAGAAACUGGCCGAAGCGUGGCUAGUGUAACAUGGGCAGAUGGAACCACUAAUGUGUACAGAGUUGGGCACAAAGGCAAGGUGGAUCUGAGAUGUAUCACCGACGCUUCUGCAGGCCAUUAUUACAAAGACCACUUGCCCAAGCUUGGUAUGCAGAUGUUUACUGUUGGUACUAAAGUUUAAAGGACCAUCGUAAAUUGAAUUGUUUUCUGUUUUAAUACAAGCCAUUUUGAUCAAUUUUAGGUAAACCAGCUGAGAUUCAACGAAAGGAAAACUCAGACAGACAUCCAUUUCAACAUGGGGACAAAGUAAAAUGUCUACUGGACAUUGAAAUUUUGCGGGAAAUGCAAGAGGGGCAUGGAGGGUGGAAUCCCAAAAUGGCAGAGGUAAUGCAUGCACUUACAUAAUCAUUAUAGCUAAAAGGGUCACUACAAUCACCACAACUACUUUUCUUCAUUACGCUCUUCUUUCCCGUGGUGGGCUAUAAAUGCAGUUUUGGCUUCUAGAGAUGUCAAAUGGAGAUUAUACUUUUGCAGUAUGAGACUGAUUCAACUGGUGCAUAUAUCAUGCGAAAACCACAGGUUCAUCUAGGAUGGACCUCCUGUCUCUUCUCUUGGAGAAACUGCACACUUUAAAAUGUUUUGUACUAAUAAUUAGUUUAAAACAUUUCUAUAUUAUGUUAUUUUAUUUAGAUCUUCAGUAACAGCUUUGCUGAUUUGAGAUAUGGCUUACUGAUCGAUUGACUUCCCUUUAUAUCACUGGUUUCUAAAUCAGUCCUUGUGACCCAGCGACAGUCCAGGUUGUGUCAGUAUCUGCAGUGGAAUAGAAAACAUAAGCCCUUGGACUGAUGCUGGACAAUAAGGAACCAUUAAAUGUUUCAAAACUAAGAUUCAGAAUGUAUUUUAAUGAGUAGAAGUAUAUUUUUUACUUUGACAUGUGCCCUUUCAUGAGUGUGACUUAUUUUCAUUUAAAUAUGAACAGCUGUUCUAUUCAUAGAUCUAAAGUGAAAGAUUUAUUAGCUAAACUUUAAAGGUUUGCUUUAACUACUUGUUUUGCUUAUGCAGUUUAUAGGUCAAACAGGAACAGUUCACAGAAUCACAGAACGGGGUGAUGUCCGUGUACAAUACAAUAGCGAAACGCGUUGGACUUUUCAUCCAGGGGCGUUAACAAAGGUACAGGGAAUAAAUGUAAUCGUCAUGGCAAAAUUGAUUAAGGAUAAUAUGAUAUUUACUAAUGCUGGUAACGCCCACUUGAUUUGUAACCUAUGUGCAGAUAUGUAUUCGACCAAUGCCUAACAAGCAAUUUUAGGAUUCAUAAGGCACUGCAAGUUAAGGAACAUUUUCGAACGGCAUGUUAGUUGUGGCUGGCAGCAUAGUUACCUUAACUUACAUUUUUUACAAACAAGAAAAUAUCAGAACCAAUAGCAUUACAAAUUCUACUACUGUGGAUAAUUGACUGCUUCUAAACUUUCACAAGAUCAUGGUAACGCCAUCAAACUUGCAUACAAAUUAAAGGGACACUAUAGUCAAUAUAUAAAAGCAAGAAAGACAGGUCCCCCAGCCUUCUUUCUUGCUUUUAUAUGAACUUGCGGGAAAAAAAAAAAAUCUGAGUAAGUUUUAAUAAUAAAACUUUCCUCCAUUCCAGCGCCGAGCUCCCCGCUAGGCCAUUCCCCCUUUUUCGUCAAAAUGACGAAAUCGCAGGGCCCAAUAGGACGUGGUGCGCAUGCGCGGUUUCGCACUGCACCAAUCACAUUCUUCAUAGAGCGGCAUUGAAUGCCACCCUAUGAAGAAACUCAGCGCUCAACCGCGCAUGUGUCUGACUGACAGCUCAGCUCGCUUUCUAUACCCGCCCCCCUCCUCAGCCAAACUGUGUUUGCAUAGAAACACUAUAUAUAGAGAUCUCUCUAUAUAUAGUGUUUCUAUGCAAACACACAAGUAGUAAAAAAUUAGACAUACACACACACACACACACUUUCUCCAUCAAUAUCCAUCCAUCCCCAUCAUCCAUCCAUUCCCAUCAUCCAUAUCCAUCCCCAUCAUCCAUAUCAUCCACUCCCAUCAUCCAUCCCUCCACUCCCAUCAUCCAUCCAUCCAUUCCCAUCAUCCAUAUCCAUCCACUCCCAUCAUCCAUCCAUCCCCAUCAUCCAUCGUCACCCACCCACACUCACUAAAUAAGUUUACUUACAGUUUGAAUCCUCCCCUCCUCCUCUUCGGUCUUCAGCCUGUCAGCUCAAGCCACUCCCACGCAGUGCUGACAGCCUCAGCACACAAAGCGCAUUCACAGUGCUUUGUGUGCUGAUAGCACGUCUGAAGUAUUCACCCAUGCGUGAAUACGUCAGACGUGAAUGAAGCCUUUUUAGGGCUUCUGAACUCGGAAGUCCCUCUGGUGGCCGUCUGACUGCAACUGGAGGUGUUCCAAGCUUCCAAUGUAAACACUGUAUUUUCUAUGCUUACAAGAAAAGGGCUGCAGGGAGCUGUAGCACUCACCUGAACAACCUCAUUAAGCUGAAGUUGUUCAGGUGACUAUAGUGUCCCUUUAAACUUAAUAUUGUGUUCCUGGCGAAAUAAUUUAUACGUAAAUGUAAAACUGCUUUUCAAAAAGGCCAAAUAAGUUUAUCUUAUAAUAUAGUAAAGAGAAUAGUACAUGUUAGUCUGUCAUGGAUUGGGUCUUAUUUCUUUUCUAAUAUGCUUUCUAAGCUUACCAAAAUUUAAAUCUGGGUAUCGACAGUUGUUUCUCUUCAAUCAAUGAUCAUGUUAGUGUUCACUUGUCUAUUUUAAUAGUACUUGCUUUUUAAUUUACAAGAUAUAUGCAUUCUUGUGCUUCUUUUGCAAUAACAUGGAAUGCUGUAGGUCUUGCUAUUCCUGGCGGUUGGAAUGGUUUCCAUCAACAGGAAGUCACAGAGAUGCACUGUGAUCAUUAAGUGUUGGUCGGUUUUAAAGGAUAAUGUGGAAUUGAAUCUGAGUGGAAACAUAGUAGAAGAGCUCUGCAUUUUUUUUUAAUGUGCCUUUUAUUUAUUUUAUUCUAAUUUUUUUCAUACCCAUUGAAAACAUGUUUCUUUUUGUUCGGGUAAUUUUAUAUAAUUGUAAGAAUGAGAGCAGGAGAUAAUCGUUUGAUCUGAAUGAAAAUAAAAACAUUUCUUUUCAUGUUGGCUCUGAGUCACACCCAUGGGAGAUGUGGCUAGGGCUGCAUAAACAAAAACAAAAGAAUUUACCUCCUAUAUGGUAGAGAAUUGAGCAGUGAGCCUGGAUGUGCAUGAUCUAUACACCAAAGCUGCUCUAUUAGAGGGACAAUAUAGUCACCAAAAGAACUUUAGCUUCAUGGAGCAGUUUUGCUGUAUAGAUCAUGCCUCUGUAGUUUCACUGCUCAAUUCACUGCCAUUUAGGAGUUAAAUCACUUUUGUUUCUGUUUAUGCAGCCCUAGCCGCACCUCCACUGACUGUUAUUAACACAGCCUGCAUGAAAACAGAAUGGUUUCCUGCUAAAUCAGAUGUUAACUUACUUUAAAAGUUAUCUCCAGCUUUGUAAAUUGCAUUUUAAUUACAUAUAGGAGGCUCUUGCAUGGUCAAGUAAGCUGUUAACAGAGCAGGGGAUACAACAUUCUAAAUUAAACAAAAUUUGUAAUAAAGGAAGUGUAAACAUUAGAUGACUCUUUACAGGAAGUGUUUAGGAAGGAUGUGCAAGUCACAUGCAUAGAGGUGUGACUAGGGCUACAUAAACAAAAUGAUUUAACUCCUAAAUGGCAGAAAAUUGAUCAGUAAGACAGCAGAGGCAUGAUCUAUACACCAGAACUACUUAAUUAAGCUAAAGUUGAUUUGGUGCUUAAAUAUCCCUUUCACUGUUUUGUAAAUAAAUAGGAAGCAUGUUUGUGAUGCACCAAAACAAAGUAUUGUCAAAUUUAUCAAAAAGGGUGAGAUUAUUUCUUAAAUAAGCGUUUCUGCUUGAUUUAUCAAUGAGAGCGAUGGACCUUUGUCGGAGAUGUUAGUCUGUGAGUGUUAGGCAUUCAUUACAGCAUCAACAACUGUUGGCCACACCAGGCCGUGUUUUUGGAUGAGUGACACAAUCCAUGUCUUGUGCUAAGUCAGCUAAUCAUUGAGAUUUAUCUGCACUCAUAAUUACGUAUGGGGUGGUGCUUUCACACAUCUUAAACGCAUUGUACUUUAUUUUUCAUUUGUUGCUCCGUUUUUCUUUUGCAUCAAUUAGAAAUCCGAAAAACCUUUUUGUUUUAUUCUUAUUAUUUUUCUUUCAUUUUUAGCACAACAGCAUUUGGGUUGGUGAUGCUGUGCGUGUGAUGGAUUGCAUGGAUUCAGUUAAGAAGCUCCAAGUUGGUCAUGGGGAGUGGACAGAUGAUAUGGCCCCUGUGAGUGCAGUUGCAUCCCUACUACACACAAGCAUUCUUUUUAUAGAUCUUUGCCUCUUACUAUCCCUAUUACUGAUAACCUGAAUUUUCUAAUUACCCGCUGAAAAUAUUGGGAAAACAAUUUUUGUGUUAAUUUUUACAGACAUGUUUGAUUAUACAAAUACAGGAUUUAUUCAUUAAACUGGUAGUAGUAUUGUAGAUUUUAGACAAAAAUAAUUUUGAAUAGAGAAAUAUCUCAAUCGAGCGAUUAUGGCCUUGUGAAACCGCAACAAUUCCCAGAAAGUGAAUAAAACCCGUAUGCACUUAAUUGAAAUAAAUAAAAUGUCCUUGUAGUCUUUCACUUGACAUGUUUUUCAAACUGGCAAAAUAUGGCUUGACCAUGGAGCUUUGCAAACAAGCCCUGUCACUCAGAGAGCCAGGAUUUAUAUGUCCAGGCUCACAUGCCAACUCAUACUAAUGAAUUGAUUGUCACUCCAAAUAUGGAGGAACUCGCAUGCACUUCCUCCCAGGAAAGGGUGCUUACAAGUCCAAAGACCACCCCAUCUCUCGUAUUAUUGGUGCUGCAUAUGGUAAUGUGCAUCCAGCAACAAUCAUCAUCACCCAGGCAGCUUUUGGAUUUGCAAGCACUCGUCCUGAUUGGCAACUCUUAACGGGCAGAUCCUCAUCCUUUUGCUAAUGUGCACCAGGACAGUGGGCCCCGUUUGUGGGGAGUCAUGUUGUCCAAGGAGAUAAUUGAGUUAUGGACCUACCUAUAUGCCCGUCACACCCACUCACUCCCUUAACCGAUAUCAGAACUACCCAAGUUGCCUAUAGUGUCACUUUACUGUCCUGACACUUCGAGGUGCUUUUUCAGAAAUAAUUCUUGCACGUUUUUGCAUACUUAGUGGUACUUCUGUGACCUGAGACAAAAGCUAAUCAUUGUGCAAAUCCCUAACUUUAACAUCAUGGAGUAUAUUUAACUCAUGACAUAACUUUUUUCUUUUUUUAGCUUACCAUGUGUUAAUAUGUCAAUUAAUACAAAGAAAGAUUAAUAGGCAACACGUCUAUAAAUAAAACAAACCAGAAAAAAACACAAACUUGGCUGUGAUUUAAAAAUAUUAUGGCUUUAAUUGGGAUAGAUGACCUGGGACUUAGUGACUGGGACUGGGUAGCAGGAGGAUCAGCAUCCACUGUUUCCUAUUCGGUGGUGAACAUUUUUUUGUAUUAUGGCCUGGGCACAACUGGUCUUUUGUUGGGCAUGGGCAUUUAGAAUCCCUGGCCCACCUUUAAAUAUUACCCCAACCCAUAGACCUUAGGGUGGAAGAAGAGGUUAUGUCUGAGUAUUGAGCCUCACAUAGUAAAUUGAGGCAUUUGCGCUAGAGUCUCUCCAAUCGUGUCUAUUUAUUAUAACCUUAAAGUCCAUUUAAUCCCUAUGCGACUGAUGACAUCUAAAUUGCUUAUGCCUUACGAUUGUCGAGCAGGGGUUAAUUGUAACAUAGGUCAGCAUCUCCUUUGAUUGAUUAGACACACUGUAUUCAUUUAAUCCCUAUUAAGGACUAUACAACAUUUGAGUAAGCACUUUGCCAUGGCAACACAGCAGUUCCCAUGGCAACAUGAUCAUUCAUGAACGUACAUUGUAUUGAACUGGCCUUCCUUGAGGUGAAGAGGAAUUGUCUGUAAGUUAAGUUUGCCACCUGCUGGCAUUGUGAACGUCUGCAAAAAAAAGGUAUUUUUUUUUCAUUCAUUUUUUUUUUCCAAAUGCAAAAUAUACAUUUUAACUCUCUUGACUUUUGAAUUGAGUGGGCUUGUAAAAAUAAGAAUUAAUAUUUUAUCCAUCUCUCUAAACAUGGAUCGUUAAAUCACUUCCAAGUAAUAGCAGAGGAAAUCACUGUAGGAACACACUCAACACAAAACUACUGUCGACACAUAAAAUAAAUAAAUUACAGGAGAAUCAAUGAAUUGUAAAGUAUGUAAAUAUGUUUUUUUUAAAUAUUUUUUUUUUGGGGGGGGGUGGGAGGGGGACAUAGAACAACCUAUUUUAGUUUAAUAAAUGUGAUUUACUUACAAAUUGGUAUCCCAGUUAUUUUGAGCGGUGUUUAUCUCUCUGCAAAAAAAAUUAUCUUUCCCAUUGGCUUUUGAAAUGUAUUGAAACAUUCGUAAGUUCUAAAGUAGUUGUACUCUGUAAUUAUUAAAGGAAAACUUUAAUCACUUUAUUGAAAAUAGAAGAUUAAAUACGGUGGCCAUCUUUAGCCCUCUUGGUGAAAAGUGCUUAUUUGUUUAGAUCAUGCACAAUUUAAAGAUUGGAAAUCAUUUUAAAGUGCAUUUUUUUGUGUGUAAUGAUGUCCGUAUAAAACUUAAGAUGUUGAAGUGCUUUAUGUGUGAAAAGUGUGUCCUAGUUUUUUAUUUUACGAAAAGUGCAGAUUACAUUAGAAAUUGGCACUUUUAAGUUACACACCCCUGGCUGUCAAUCAGACAACGGACCCUGUUGCUUCCUGGUUGUUUAGCUCAGUGGAGAUAUACUCAAGAGGCAGCUAUUGCUCAGAGCACCUGCCUUGUAAAGACUUCUCAUUGAGAAGUCUAUGAUUGGACAGCCACAGAAAGUCUGGGUGGGGUUAGUAGGGGAGGCCUUGCAAAGGCUUCAGACAAGAGAUCUGCUGCUUUUGUGAGCUGCUUUUAGCUAUAUGGAAAGGUACCUAAUUAAAUGCAUGCCUGUUAUCAUUUUGGGUAUAUCUAAUAAACAGUGAUUUUGUUAUUUUUUUUUUUAUUUAUUCAUUUAUUUGUUUGGUGUAUGGGCAGUGGAGCGUCCCUUUAUUUUGUUGCAUAGUUUUUAGUCAUAUAAGCUGUCCUUCUGACCAUAAAGGUCUAAAGAUGGCCAUUCCCAUACAGCACUAGGAACACUGGGAGAAGCACAAAAAAGAGAUAAUUACUUACGUGUAUACACAUACACACAGAGCCUAUAAUGCAUGCAAGAUUUUAUUAUAAAGCAUAUUAAACAGUGAUUUAAAAAUUUUUUUUUAAUAUUUUUUAUUAGAAAUACCAGGUAUUACCAAUGCACUAACAAACAGUGAAUAAUAAACAAUUUGAAAAGUUAGGUACAGUCGUGAUUACCAAUGCUCUAACAAACCGUGAAUAAUAAACAAUUUGAAAAGUUAGGUACAGUCGUGAUUACCAAUGCUCUAACAAACCGUGAAUAAUAAACAAUUUGAAAAGUUAGGUACAGUCGUGAUAGACAAGGUUAUAAAAUAUUCAACAUUUCAAACAUUUUGAAUGUAAGUUCUUAAUUACAAAGAAAAAUAAUUUGAACCCGUUAACCGUACCAGUGAGUCCCCAUCUUAUUCCCCUCUUCCUCCCAGAAGUACUGUGGUCGAGAGAGACCUUCAUCUCUUAUAGGAUAGGUCUGUUAUUGUUUUGGGCAAUCACCCCUACUGAUAGGCAGGGCAGUAACCUGUAAACUAAAACUUAUCUGCUUACAUAAUAAAGCAAUUGGGCCAGUAAGCCCUAAAGCUAGUAAAGUAUGAACUGUACCAAUAUGCCAGCACCCUGCCCAUGCAACUUCCGCCAAAGUGGUGAACGUAGGUAUGAGUAACUGAUGUCUCAAAAUAUACGUUUUUUGUUUGUUUUUUAAAGUGUCACAACCCACUACCAAUUAUUUUAUAAUUUUGAGCAUGAUUAAACAUGAGUCUUCAUAGCAUACAUGCAUAGUCCACUCAUCCACCAGUGUUUGCAUGAAGUACGAUUAUUUACAUUUCAUUUGUUUUCCUUUUGCAUUGUUCUUCUUCCUUAUCAAGUGUUUUGUAAUGUCUAAAAAUAAUGCAAAAUUUUUCCUAGAUGCAGUACAGAUAUCGUCUAAGGUGGGACUCAGUUAUACAGCAGUCUUUGUAUUUAUUGUCAUACUUUUCUAUUUGAAAAAUAUGUUUAGUGCCAACAGCAUCUAUUCUACAUGAGAAACGUAUACACAGAAGUUACAGAUUAUUCAUGUCAAGUCUCGGAAAUCUCUCGCUAACAAAUCCUGCUUCACAGAGUAUCUCCGUUUUAUCAGGCACUAGGACAAAUCGGCAAGGUGAUCAAAGUGUUUGGGGAUGGAGAUAUGAGGGUAUCGGUCGGUGGUCAGUCUUGGACUUUCAAUCCAGCCUGUCUAGCGGCAUACCAGCGAGAAGAAGAUGCAAACUUCAUGACUACUGAAAACAACAAGGAGCAGAAAAGUGAGAAUAAUACAGGAAAUGAUAUAAUAUAAUUGCAAUAUUUUUUUUUUAAAGCACUCAUGUUAACCAUGCUUUGUUUACUCUCUGCGGUGAACUCUAAUCUAAUUUUAUUCGUAUUACGUAGUAUGCUCUGUACUUGUGAAAUAGUAGGUUUGUUUACUAGACAUUGAAUUGUGAUUUGAAAUUUAAAUUGCAUAACUUAGGCUUAAUAUAGUCACGCUUGACAAAGACCUCGGAGCAGGUUGAAACAUUGCUGCUCUAUCACAUUUUCUUGACUUAAUAAAUCUGCCCUGGGUGCCUGGAGACCAUUCUUCUGUUUGCCUUAGCGUUGUAGGAUUGCUGGUCCUGCUUAAGUGCACCUGUUGUCCAUUGGAUUGAGUGUGACUCCUCAUUCAUUCGUGUAACUCAGUAGGUUAAUUACAGUGGCACUGUCUCCCUCCCUCCGAUAUGGGUAGCUCAUAAAGAUAUCAUUUCUAUGAAAUGCUUAUAUUGAUUGUGCUGACAUUUCUCUGAAAUUCCAACAAAGUCCAAGAUAUACUAAGACAAAUAGGGACUAUGUGUUUGGGGCGCACUUUGAUGGCUCCUGAGUCUCCAAUGUGCCACUGUGCACUGGCUGAAAACCAGUACAUAAAAUAGAUUGCUGUGUCCCUUUAAAGCGGCACUGUCAUGCCGAAUCCCGUUUUGUUUUUUUUAACCCCCCUCCCGCCUCCACUACAUCUAACUGACCCCUACUCACCCCCAAAUGCCUCUAAGCCCCCCAUAUUACCUAUUAUUUUAUCUUUAUUUUCUGCCCCGAUCUUUAUUCAGGGCGCCGCCAUCUUUGUGUGGGUAGAUAAAGUCCCUGUGGGACACGUCACCUGCCCACACUAGAUAGACUGUGAGAUUCCCGCACAUGCCCAGUGAAACACCUGGACAUGAGAACGGGAAUUUCAUCUAUUCAUUCAUUGAUCAGAAAGACGAAUGAAUGAAUAGAAAAAUCAGACGAACAAACAAACACUGUGUAUCAGUGUUCGUUUGUUCGUUCAGUUUAUUACAAGGAGGGAGCUACCGGCACGCAGCUCCCUCCUUGUAAUAUGUAAAGAUAGAAACAUCAGGGAGCAGUGCUCCCUGCCACUUCAUAAGCCCCCCAGGCCGCCCACUCACUCUAUGGGGGUCAAUAUGACCCCCAUAAGAACAUAAGGGAGAUUAAAAUCUCCCCAAUGCCACUACUCGCUAUACCGCGAGUAGGGGCAUGUAAACUAAACAGUGAGCAGCCUGUGGCUGCUCACUGUAAAAAAACAAAAAACAAAAAAAAACUACUAUCCUGCCAUAAUGAUAAUGAGGGGGGGCCUACUGUCUUCCCCCACCCCUGGGCGGCGGGUGGGGGCCAUAAUGAUAAUGAGGGGGGGGACCUACUGUCCUCCCCCUCAGGCCCCCACCCCUGGGCGACGGGUGGGGGCCAUAAUGAUAAUGAGGGGGGGACCUGCUGUCCUUCCCCCCCCCCAGAUCCCCACCCCUGGGUGGCGGGUGGGGGCCAUAGUGAUAAUAAGUGGGGGGGGACCUACUGUCCUCCCCCCCGAGCGGCGGGUGGUGGCCAUAAAGAUAAUGGGGUGGGGGGGGCCUACUGUCCUACUGGGGGCCCUAAGUCAUAUUCCCCCCCCCCCAUCAAAGGUGACUAGGGGACCCCAAACCACUAGUCACCCACCCCCCCACCCAAAUUAAAAGUCCCCUACCUACCCCCCUCACCCUAAAAAAUAGUGAGGGGGGAAUAAAAUUACUAACCUGUAAAGUAAAAUUAAACUUACCAUUCGACGUCUUCUUUUUUCUAAAAUCUUCAUUUUUCAGCCCCAAAAAAGACCAAAUAAAAAACCAUCAUACCCGUUGAACUUAAAAUAAAAUAAAAAACCAAAGCGCAAAAAAAAAACCUGACUGAAAAGGAAAAAAGCGCAAAAAAAAUAAUCCAUCUUCACCCGUGGAGGGCUCCUCGCAGACAGAGCUCUGCAGGGCGAGGGAAGGCUUAUAAAGCCUUGCCCUGCCCUGCAAUUAGGCUAAGAACACUCUGAUUGGUGGGUUUAAGCAAAUCAGAGUGAUCUUUGUCAUUUUACACGUCGUGGGAAAAUUCCAAAGGGGGGGGGAGGACAGUAGGUGUCCCCCCUCCCCCCCAUUAUCACUAUGGCCCCACCCGCCGCCCAGGGGAGGGGGCCUGGGGGGGGAGGACAGUAGGUGUCCCCCCCUCAUCACUAUGGCCCCCACCCGCAGCCCAGGGGUGGGGGCGGGGGGGACAUUAGGUCCCCCCUCAUUAUCAUUAUGGCCCCUACCCGCCGCCCAGGGGUGGGAACGGGGAGGACAGUAGCCCCCCCUCAUUAUCAUUAAGGCCCCCACCCGCCGCCGGGGGGGAGUGGAGGACAGUAGGUCCCCCCCCCCUCAUUAUCAGCGCAGGGAUGGGGGCCAGGGGAACGACAAUAGGUCUCCCCCCUUAUUUUACUUUAGGGCCCUCACCCGUCAUUUAGGGGUGGGUAAUCUUAACUUAGUAUUAGUAAAUGUGGCUGAAAGACCAAUUUGUCUUUCAGCCUUUUAGUAGAUAACUCCCUGCUACCGUGGGAAUUAGGUAGUUAUCUACUAAGCGGCUGCAAGAUGCAGCCACAGCACGAAUAGGAUUGGAGUUUCAUCCAUUCGAAUUAAAUUGCGAUCCGAACAAAGUGCUGAAUUGCAUUCUAAAACAAACGAACAUACUGUUCUCAUUCAGUUAGAAUGCAAUUCGUCAGUUUCGUGUAAAAUGACAGGAAGCAUCGUGGGAACACAGAGGAAAGGUAAGAAUUAUGGGAAAAUUGCUCUGACCAGCGGAAAUGAAGCACACUUUGCUCCUCCGCUGGUCAGAGCUGGUCAAGCGGAGGAAACCUCCAUAAGGCAAAGAGUCCCUCCUUUGUCUUAUGAUUUUAAAGAAAACUAAAGAAGACAGGAAGAAAAGAAUAACAGAUCCUGAGAGAGGGGGAGAAGAGGAAGAGAUUGAGGAAAGGUAAGUUCGGGAUGACAGUGCCGCUUUAAAUGUCAAUGAGUGGAAGCUGGCUGUUAAUAGUGUUAGUGAAGAAACUGUGAGCAGUUAUGUAGCAUAUGUGUUUGAAUCUGUUUAAUUACAUUACAAAUUGCUAAGUGUGUGCACAUAUAACCUCCUACACAUGAGCAUGCUCAGUGAUCUUCAUGUAGAAGGCUUUGGGAGACUAUAAUUUGCUGAGAAUCUCAGCCUUUUCCUGGAUGACAUCAUGGACUCAGAAUAAGUAUCAGAGGAUUUGCCAAAAAGAGGCACAUUACUAGGUGAGUUUUAUAUUUUGAAAUCAUUAGCUCUAUAAUGAUUUAAAUAACUGACAAGUAAAUCCUCCCACCAGUGUCCCUUCAACCCAAUUUGCACUUUAAAUGGACACCUUUCCGGCUUGUUGAUUGAAACGUUAAAAUUCUACACCACAGAUGAUUGCACUGCCUUGAAUGCCAACUAAACAUCUGCCUUUAGAAACGGGUCAGAUGAUGCAACAGGGAGACUGCCUUAAACUGAACUCCAUUCUAUUGGCAGGCACGCUGGUUUCCAUUUUUGAGAAACUGCUUGCUCAGAAGACUGAUUGUGAAAGCCCCAGUUCAUUGGUUAUUGAAGCGGCGCACGGCAAUGCAGCCAAAGUGAAGGAGAUGCUACAGAAACAUCCGGACAAGGUGCGUAACAUACCACAUCCUUGUGUGAUGGUAUCAUCUUUGUAAAAAGGUUGCGAUAAUCUCCUCAUUUGGGGAAAAAAAACCUGUAAACAGUGAGGUGUAGCUGCAGACUUUGUAAGGAAAUAUAAUAAUAAUAAUCUCCCUGCUACGUGUUUCCAUGUGCCUGAUUGUCCUCUGCUCGUUUAGCUAGCUCUGGCUUGCGUCCAGUUGAAUUCCUCAUCAUAAAAUUACACUAACCAGAGCCACAGCUGUUUAACACAAUCAGUCUUGUUUAAUAAAAUUAUACGUCUCAAGUCCAGUCGUUCAGUAUUAUUCUGUCAUUCAUGUCAAAAGAAAAAAAAAAAAAACUGUAUAAUUAUUGGAAAAAACACUUUGCAGCUGAUCAUUAGAAGAAUCUGGGGCAGGUUGAAUACUCAUCUGUGAAGUUUCAGAUGGUGACAAAAAAAAAAAGAGACAUCCCAGGGCUUGACUGGAGAUCUAUGUCUAAAUCAAGACUGUACUGUGUGACGCCUUUAUUGCAAGCAUUUUUUUUCCUUCCAUUGUAGGUGGAUAUACGAAAUCAAGGAAAGACAGCUCUACAGGUGGCAUCCCACUUGGGAUACAUAGAGGUGGUGAAGAUCUUGCUUCAAGCCAAUGCCAAUAUUGACCUUAAGGAUGAUGAAGGGGACACUGCUCUGCAUUAUGCUGCUUAUGGGUACGGUUAGCUACCAGUGGGUGACUGUAUCCGGUCAUGUUUGUAAGACAAAGAAGCUAGUCUAGAGUGCCCAAAACGAUUAGGCUCUAGAGCAGGGGUUCCCAACCCAGUCCUCAAGUCCUCCCUGCUAGUCCAGGAUUUAGGGAUUACCCUGUUGUGUCUAAGGUGUUUUUAGAAAUAAAAACACUUUAAAAUGGUAGGGGGUACUUGAGGACUUUGUUGGGAACCCCUGCUCUAUAGCAAGGGUUCCCAGCCCUGUCCUCGUGUACCCUGUUGUGUCUAAAGUGUUUUUUUUUCUUCUUCUUCUUCUGAAAACACCUUAGACACAACUUGGUAAUCGCUAAAUCUUGGACUGUUAGGGGGUACUUGAGGACUGGUUUGGGAACCUCUGCUGCGCUAGAGGAUUGUCCCAUAUAUUUCAUGUCAUUGUUAAAUGGACACAAUAGGCAGGAAUUUAUCCUAGUUUUUAUGCAUUAAGAAAUAAUUAAACAAUAACCUUUCUAGAGUUUCUAGAGUUGCUGUAUUUGUACAGGCAAAUGUGUCAGCAGCUGGAAGACUCCUCCCUGAGCAGAAAGAGGAAGGAAGAUUUUAUUCUGGUCUAUGGGGUCGGUUCUUAUCCUAUAAACUCCUUUACAGCAGGUUUUAUGAGAAGUAGUUUAUUCCAUAUUUGUAGUUCCACGCAUUACGUAAGAUGGGUAGAAGUGCUCUAUAAGCUGAUAACAGCUAUACAGUGACUGCUGUCAGUUUAUACAAAGUCUGGUUCAGAAUUUUUGUAAAGCAGCCUGCUGCCGACCAAGUAUCUGCACAGCUUGGACUCUCUGCAGAAGAUUAGACACCGUUCAGUCCUAGUUUUGCAUGCGUACGAAUUGAAGCGAUCAGAUACUAAAAAGGGGAAAGUAUCUCUUGUUCCUUUUUUGUAGCAAGUACAGAGGUCAACUUAUAGCUGCAGCAAGUUUUGAAAAUCACUGUCGUUUUAAGCCACCUUUAGAAAGGAGAUGUGCACUUUCAGCACAAUAACAUUUGCAAUUGUGCACAUUUGACUUAGCGCUUAGACUAUCACUUGGCUGACUGUCCAAGAGUCACAAAAUAUAUUUCACCCGCAGUCCCAGGAAUAAAGGGACAGUUCAGCCUAAAUCACUGUGUUCAAGAUCAUAUCUUCCAGACGAGUUCAAUUACGUAAUUAAAAUUAAUUGCAGCCUGGUGUGUGUUUUCCAUAUACUUUCAUAACAUUCUACUCUCACCCUCCCCAGAAACCAGGCGGCCGUAAUAAGAGUGCUACUGGCAAAAGGAGCCGAUACAGAACUUCUGAACAACGCCAAGUUCACCGCACUGUACAUUGCGGUUAACAAGGGAUUUGCCGAAGUAGUUCAAGUUCUCUGUAUUCCAAACACUACAAUCAAUAUCCAGGUGAGAAAAUGUGUUCACUGUUUGUGUCCCCUUUACCCACUUUUUAUGAUGAAAUAAAAUUAAAAAAGGUAAUAAUCUCAUGUCUGUUAUCUUAGGACUCACAUGGGGACACUCCGUUACACUGCGCCAUCACAGCAGAUUUCAGAAGCAUCAUUGAAAUCCUCACGGAAGUCCCCAAUAUAGAUUUCACUGUACAGAAUAGUCAAGGAUUCAAUCUUCUACACCACUCUACUCUAAAGGGGAACAUAGUGUAAGUUGUCUAUAUAGAAAGUAAUUCAUCCUAGAAGUAUUGUUCUGAUUAGGUAGCCAAGCAACAUUGUAAUUGUUCAUAUUGGUAUUCUUAUUAAUUCACCACUUUUUGCAAAUUCUUGUAAAAUGUAAAUCAUAUAUCUAAAAUUCUUGAAAUCCGAUAUGAUUAUCAAGACGUUUGAUGUGUUUUAAAGUUUUGCCUACCCAUUCCAAAAUAUUCACUUAGUCAUCACUUUGAACUAUGUUGCAAUGUAUUGAGCCCAAGAUUCAUUAGCCGCAUGAGUGCCAAACGCUGUAUGGGAGUCAAAGAACACAUGUGUGAGGAUUGUAGAGGUCUGCAGUAGUGAAUAUUUGUAAUCAGACUGUGCUGAGUGUAUAAAAUAGCAAUUUGCAGGGAAAUUCAACGGGAUAAAGAAAACCUCAGGGAAGAGAGCAGUGGCAAAAGGGUGAGAUGAGCUGUAUAGAGGGAGAAACACAAGUGGAAGACUGUGCACAGGAGGAAGACAGAAUAGUGUGGAGAGACUUUGGGAAUGAAGGAGAGGGGCCUGUGAACUGGGUUAUUAGACUUGAACUAGAGGUAGACUGAUUACCCAUUCCAACCAUCAUUAGAGACGAUAUUCUUCAUAUUUCUGAUAAUCUGUAUCUGUCUUGCAAUUUACCGAUAUUACUGAUAGCUCACUCACCUUUCCCAAUCACCACACAAUGUAUUUCGCAUCUGGAAACUUCAGCUGCCAGCCAAUGAGGUGCCACGUCACAAGCCCACAUCACAGAUCCCUGUGAGUUCCCUCAUGCAAAGCUAAGCUGAGGGCAGGGAAUAAUAAACUGCGAUGCACUGGGCCGGCUGAUUGAGAGUGACAGGAGUGUGAUUGCUGACAGCAUGUUUGUUUAAUGCCAGAAUUGUGUAAAAAUUGUGUUGCUUUUUCAAAACUUUAAAUGCACAGAAUAUCGGCAACAGUUAUCGGAAAUGGACCCAAAAUGAGAUAGACUAUAAUCUGUAUCGUCAUCGGCUCUGGAAAAAUGAUAUCAGUCGAUCUCUAACUUGAACUAUUAUAUAUUGCAGUUAACAAAUGUUUUCAGAUAAAAAGGGGACUCAUGCAUGGGAACCACAUAUCUAGAGGAUGGAGAUAUAUAUUUACACAGAGAGCGAAACAGUUAUAUAUCUUAUCUGAUGUGAUGCAACGUCACAUUAGAAUAUAUGUAUUUUAUUUUUUAUUUUUUUAUGUAAAGUACACAAAUAGUAGAAAAACUGAAGCAAGUCACUAAAGCAGAAAAAAAAAAUCAGAUUAACUGCAUGUUCCAUUAAAAAAAAAAAAAUACUAGAUUCAUGGAUGGGUUUGAAGGUCUAGCAUAUUGAUGACUAGCUGUCCUUGGACUGUCCAAAUGUAAUAGUAAAUUUCCCUGAAAAAUAUGGAAAAAGAAGAGAAAUAAAAAACAAGUAAUUGAUUUGGGAAUUGCUUUGAAUUUAGGCCAAAACAUUAUCCAGCUCAGAAAUGCCUUCACUAUGCGUCUAACAGAAUGUGUCAGCAGAUAAGAACCAUUCGGCCCAUCUAGUCUGCCCAAUAUUUCGAAAUACUUUUAAUUAGUCCCUGGCUUUAACUUAUAGCUAGGAUAGCCUUAUGUCUAUCCCAUACUGUGUUAACCUCUACUACUUCAGCUGGAAGGCUAUUCCAUGCACCCACUACCCUCUCAAUAAAGUCAUACUUCCAGAUAUUAUUUUUAAACCUUUGCCCCUCUAAUUUAAGACUAUGUCCUCUUGUUGUGGUAGUUUUUCUACUUUUAAAUAUAGUCUCCUCCUUUACUGUGUUGAUUCCCUUUAUAUAUUUAAAUGUUUCUAUCAUAUCCCCCCUGUCUCGUCUUUCCUCCAAGCUAUACAUGUUAAGAUCCUUUAACCUUUCCUGGUAAGUUUUAUCCCGCAAUCCAUGAACCAGUUUAGUAGCCCUUCUCUGAACCCUCUCUAAGGUAUCAAUAUCCUUCUGAAGAUACGGUCUCCAGUACUGUGUACAAUACUCCAAGUGAGGUCUCACCAGUGUUCUGUACAAUGGCAUGAGCACUUCCCUCUUUCUACUGCUAAUACCUCUCCCUAUACAACCAAGCAUUCUGCUAACAUUUCCAGCAAAGUGUACUGUCACAUAAAUUGUGCGCCUGCAGAUUAUAAAUUAAAAAAAUAUAAUUUCAGUGAUGACUGGCUAAGCUUAAUAUGUAAUGUAUGUUAAAAACCUUGGUGCCAUGGUUUGUAUUGUUGAUUUAAGCUGAUGCACAGAAACAUGGAUGUGGUUAGCUCUUCGUGUUUAGCAUUAUUGUUAGGGUUUGUUUUUGCAUUUCCUUUUUAUCCUGUAAAGCUUUUUUUCAGCAAUGAUCUGGACACAUUUUUGUUCUCAUAUACAGAAAUUAUACCCUUUCAUUUGCAGCAUGUUAUUUGUCUGCCACAAAAGAACACGCAACUAUAUAUCUUCUUUAAACUCACCACAGGCUUUGCCCUAGUAAUAAGCAUCCAGCCAUCUGAUAAACAUGUGGUGCCAAUUUAUUACACCAGUGAACGCAUUAUCACAACAGAUAUUGCCUUAAACCUACAACCCAGCUUGUUAAUGGAUUGGGAAGCUGUGUAGGAAAGAAGAAAUUAAAAAUGUAGACCCAAAAGAGGGUAUCUUCUAACGAUGGACCCUUAGGACAUGAUGACCAAUCUUGACACAGUUGAUGUUUGUGGGCUGCAUGUUGAUAAAGGUUGAUCAUCAUGGCAGAUUAGUCCACAAACCGCUGUAGUUCUGUGAUUAUUGUUAAUCUAGAUGGGCUUGGGAAAAAUGUUAAGAGUUCAGUCACAGAAUUUGCACCAAACACACUAUUUGUUUACAUUCUAAAAUCUCGCCAAACGCAAUUCUACUUUAUGUAAUAUGAAUAAUCAGGCCAUAGUUAAAUAUUUCCUAAUCACUGAGACAGGGCAAAUAUGCGCACAUUCCUACAUUAUACAGCAUGUUAUAUUUUCCUUACUUUACUCACCAAUCACUGAACUGUGGUAGACUGAUAAAUAUUUUUGUAGGCCUAAAAUGGCUGGUUUAAACAAUAAUUCUUCAACUCUGCUUUUCUGCUUUAGUCACAAUUUGGUUACUUUAGCCUAAAUUUUAUAAUUCGGUGUUGAUGAAUAUAUCCUAUAGUGGAAACGUAGAUCAUCUGGCACGUUUAAGGUUUGAUUGUCAGCGGAAUAGGUUUUUUAUUUAUUUAAUCUUAAAUCCUUCAAUAUUUAAUCACAAUGUAUUGUUUUUUAAAAUUCUGAAAUGGCUUAAUUCGCGGUAUAAACUAUUUAUACAUCUGCAAGCUGUCAUGCACACUUGAUACCUUUUCACUAAAAGUUGUAUUUCAUUAGCUUGUGCUCUGUGCACGUGUGCUACAUGUCAAUUAACCCUGCACUUCUGCACUGCACCGAGCCGACACGUGCAUAUAUUUUCACUAAACUAAAAUAUUCCCACCUUAACAAGCUAUCUCGUAUGAGUGAUACAUUGUGUCCUUCACCAAAUCACAGCAACAUGCUUUUAUUAUUCGUGCAGAUAUAUAAAACUGGAAUAGUCUAUGAUUUCUGUAUAAUGGCUCUUUAGAGAAAACGGAACAACCAAUAAAGAAGUAUGAGCCUGCAUUUGUCUGACAGCGUAAAUCUGUAAAGGCCAUAACAUAAAAAGACCUCUUACUGCAAGUUGUAUGAUACAUUAAACGUGUAAUGUCUUGUGACCAGUAAAAGCUAAAAACAGUCUUGCAGGUUGUAAAAUAUAAAACAUGGCUAGGUAGUGAUGGAUUAUAAAAUGUGGACAUUAAAGUGUCUCAAACUUACCCAUCUCUUAUAUUUCCUCUUCUCUUCCUCUUUCAGAAUAUUUUCUUCAAUUCCAAUCUAUUUGUCUUCAAAGCAAAAGACAAAGUAGGGACUACUUUUUUUGUAUGUAUUUUUCCUACGCCUGACAAAUCUUGACAUGAAGUGGAGGUUUGAGUCAUAAGGUGAGCACCACUUCCUUUGUCAAGAAAGUGAAGCUUGCCUUUAGCUCCACCCUUUGUGAAGAUUUGUCAGGUGUAGGAAAAAUACAUAAAACAAAGUAGUACCUACUUGGUCUUAUAUUUUAAAGAGAAUGUUAUACUGGCACACAGGAAUGAGAGCAGAGGUGAGAAAGGGGUGAGACGUGGGCUAAGGAACUGAACUUGACACAACUCUUGACUAGAAGUUAUACUGCAAGAAUUAGAGGCAUCUAUGGUCUGCAAGAUAAGACCUGACAUAUCACUAAACUUCACAUUUUCAAUUUAAAUGCAAAUGGAUAGGCUACUUCAUUUUUUUUUUCUAUUUUGAUUUAAUUCACAGAAUAUGGGAGUUUAGUGAAUGACUCUGUUGGAAUUUUGGAAUUCAAGUCAUUACCUGAACAGGACAUAAUACAGGGCAAAGAUAGUAGGCAAAGCAGAGCCUCCAUUAAAAGACACAAAUCAAAACAAUGGUAGGGAAGAUGAACACAUUAUUCACUGUAUUGGUCAUCAAACCAGACAAGAAUUUUGUCAAGAGGCACAUCUGUGGCUAUUAGCUCUGAUGGUGCCAAGCGAGAUAGGAGAGGAUCACAGGAAUUCAAUAUGGUGUUGUCAUUGAAUGGACUAGAUAAGGUCACAUAGUAAAGACUUAAAUUGAGAAUGCCAUGCAUUGCCUUUAUUACUUCAUUACAUAGGUGGAAAGUUACACUUUAAAAUGGGACCUUUGAAGAUCAGAUUGUUAUCAAGUCAAUUAUAUCCAUUGCUCCUCUAAGGCCUAAAAAAUGUACUUUAUAUUGAAGCAAAAAAAUAUAUACUAGCCACUUUUCUUUCCAGGAUUUAAAGACACUCUUCACACAUGUGACAGACCUGCUUUAAAUAUUGCCAAUUUCAACACUUUGUUUUUUUUCUGUUUUCCUAUAACUUUUAAAAUCAUUCAUCCUGAUAAAUGUCACAGAGUCCUUUUCCUUUGAUCUAAGUACAUUUCCCAAUUGAAAUGCCUGCAUUGACUCACCAUGGUAGAGAUAAGCUGCACUCAGCUCACACAUGUAGGAGGACUUGGUUCUGUCUCCCAUCGCACAGACAAAUAAAUAGCUUCAUUGUGAAAUCCAGUUCACCAUCACAUUUUCCACUGCAUGUCUUAAAGACCGCAGCUGCUGUCUUUACUCACAGUACAUUUCUUUAUCUCACAGAGACCCAUAGCUGUAUAUUCAUUAAAGCAGUAAUUGUAAAGAAUUGACAAAGAUACUUAUAUUUUUAUAAUUCCCAGUCUAGUAAAUAAACCUCAUAAUUUUUUUUGAGAUUUUGUCUGCUAAAAGUGUAGCUGUGCUUUAGUGUAACUCAGUUUUAUAUUGCAGAACACAAAUGGAAAAAUGCAAAUAAUGUGUAAAAAGAAAAAAAGAAAAUUGUUAAAUUUACCUGUGCUGCCUUGUAUUGCUAAAGGAUGUAUUAUUUGUAUUAUUUAUUUUAUUAUUUAUAUAGCGUCCGCAAGUUUCAUAUCGCUGUACAUUGGCAUAUGAAUAGAUUUGUUAACCCCUUGACAUGUCAUGAUUCCUUUUUAUUCCAGAAGUUUGGUCCUUAAAGGACCACUAUAGUGCCAGGAAAAUAUACUCGUUUUCCUGGCACUAUAGUGCCCUGAGGGUGCCCCCACCCUCAGGGUCCCCCUCCCUCCCGGCUCUGGGGAGAGGAAAGGGGUAAAAACUUACCCUUCUCCAGCGCCGGGUGGGGAGCUCUCCUCCUCCGAUCCUCCUCCGUUCCUCCCAUUCGGCUGAAUGCGCACGCGCGGCAAGAGCUGUGCGCGCAUUCAGCCGGUCGAAUAGGAAAGCAUUUACAAUGCUUUCCUAUGGACGCUUGCGUCUUCUCACUGUGAUUUUCACAGUGAGAAUCACGCAAGCACCUCUAGCGGCUGUCAAUGAGACAGCCACUAGAGGAAUUGGAGGAAGGAUUAACCCAUUUGUAAACACAGCAGUUUCUCUGAAACUGCUAUGUUUAUAAAACAAUGGGUUAACCCUAGCUGGACCUGGCACCCAGACCACUUCAUUAAGCUGAAGUGGUCUGGGUGCCUAGAGUGGUCCUUUAAGGGGUUUGAAACUACACACAUUGUGAUUAGUGUCGCUGUUUAAGCACAUCUCCCAAAUCAUAUCAUUACCAGGUUAUAUGUUUUAUUUGAAUUUUAUUAUUUGUAAAAAAUAUUUCAAAUUAAUAUUUCUAUAUAAACUAAGCUUAUCAGGGCAACACAAAUCCCUAACUCUCGGUUACUGAUGAGCAGAAAUAUUACUGAAAGGUAAAUCUGGAGAUCGCUUUCUGCUUUGUGUGUGAUUGCUGUGAUGAGAGAGGGGAAAGCCUAGUAGCUCAAGUUAGUCAUUCUUUUUUUAAAUUUAUUUUCUUAAUUCUUUAUUUAUAAGUUUUAAUGAGUGAAAUACAAAGUCAAGUAUACAGACGAUAGAAAGGAUUAACUGCACUUACAGAAGAUAAAUAUGCAAGUUAGUCAUUCUUAAUUGAGCAUCUUUUGUCUAGCUAAGUGUUCACGUCAUGAUCACUCUUAUUUUGCUGUCAGACCCACGCAUGUUUGUGUUCCAUGUUCUAUUUUGUUUGGAGUUGUUACAGUGAGAAACAAGCCAUUUCAGUAUUUAUAUCUUCUUCAUUGCAGAGACAUAGCCCACACCGAACUAACAUUUCAUGAUUGUGUGACAUUCUCCUUCCCAGGGCUGUACGUAAGAUUCUAGAGAGAGCCCGACAACUUGUGGAUUCCAAGAAGGAAGAUGGCUUUACUGCCCUCCAUCUUGCAACUCUCAACAACCACCAGGAAGUGGCAGGAGUUUUAAUUAAAGAGGUAAUAAAUAAUAUAUUAAAGUGCAGGGAUUGUUCCAAAAUCAGCUAGAUGCAAUAUUGAGUACAACAAUGGUCAACCGGAAUGGUUGGUUGUGUCUUAUUGGAAACAUAGUUUAUUACAACUAGGGUUUGGCCGUCUCAAGUACAUAAACUGUAGGGUUAUUUUUUCAAACGUAUAUUAGGAUUAUCCAGAAGCUGAGCAUGCUUGGAAUUUGUUUUAUUUUUUAUUUUUUGCAAAUAACCUCUCAUGUCAGAAGUACAAUGUUUAUCACAUCUAGAAUUGUCAAAGUCAAGUGUCGUUAUUGUUAACCCCUUAAGGACACAUGACAUGUGUGACAUGUCAUGAUUCCCUUUUAUUCCAGAAGUUUGGUCCUUAUGGGGUUAAAACAUUUUUUAAUAAUAAUAAUUCAGUGACCUUAUGUUUUCCACUUUUGUAGAAAGAGGGAUCUACAUGACCGCUGACAGGCAGUUAGGGAAUUUUCUACAAAUCGGAACUUAAGAUAUAUCUGUUUAUGCACCAAUUAUUAUGGUUAUUUUUAUUUAUCUGUCUUGUAGAGUGCUAGAUGUGUGGGUUUUGAAAACAGAUUAAAAACCUCUUAGACCUUAGGUUCUGGUGAAUAUUCCAAAACAUUGUUCCCCUCGGGGCUCACUGCUUUUAGUUUCCAUUUGCACCCUGCUCUCAACAUUCAGGCCCUGCUCACAGCAUUAAAACCCUGGAUGCCGCUUCCACACCCUGAACACAGCAUUCACGCAUAACAUUCACAUGCUACCCCAGCAGUCACACUGCCACCAAAAUUAUUUGGGGGCUUAUUUUCAUUGUUCAAAAUGUCAAAUCUCUUCUAGGACCUGGCUAGUAGCACAGGAUUUAAGAUUUUAAGCCUGAUAUUGGGAUACCUGCAUCCUCGAUGGGGUAUAACCAAACACUGUUUGAUUUGACAGUAGUUCUGUUCAAGUAACUUCUCUCCAUUUAUUGAUGUCCGAGAAAUUAAGCUUUAUAGAUUAUUUUCUAUUUAUGGUUAGAAAAUUUUACUUGUAAGUCUUUGCACUUUAGAUCUUCAUUUUCCAACAAAUUGGUUAUUGUGUUUGCAUGUCCUAGGGUCGCUGUGAUGUCAAUCUCAGGAAUAACAGGAACCAGUCUCCUCUUCACUUGGCAGUGACCCAGGGCCAUGUCAACUUAGUGCAUCUGCUGCUGUCAGAAGGAGCCGAUGUGAAUGCCGAAGAUGAGGAUGGCGACACCCCAAUGCACAUUGUCUUUAUGCGUCAGCAUCUUGAGCUACUGGAAACCAACCAGGAUGAAGAUGGCUCAUCUCCACUCAGCAAGGUAACGAUCUAUAAAAGAGGAGUAGUCAACAGCAGUAAACCAGCUGUUGUGAAACUGAUAGGUAUAGUUACCCAAUGCCUACAUAGUGUGUAGCCUAAUCUAAAGUUUAAGAGACUACUGCAAUGGAUAUAAUAAUAGAUGUUCCUCGAAUGGCCAGUUCAUUUGGCGAUCUGGAGAGGUUCACCUAAACUGUUUUUCUAUUAGAAAUCCAGCAACUCAAUUCACGGACUGGGAGCAACCCAUCGUGCAACUCAUGGAUUAAAUCAUUUUUACUUCUGUCCCUUGAAAUUGUGAGCAGGCUGUAUAAUGAUCGUUAGUUAAUACUAUCGACAUUUUAUUUUGAGUGUGUGAUAACCGUACAUAUUGAGGAUGGUGUACUGAGCCAUAUAUUUUUAAAUUACCAGAUUAAGUAGCUACAUUCUGUCAAAAUAGAAUUUUGUUCUAGGUAAACUUUUGCUGAUACAGUAAAUUAAAAUGAUGUGAACACAUAUGUUACAUGCAAUCUGUGUCAUCUUCUUCCAUGCCAGCUACAUGCAGUAAAUGUUUGAAUUAUUCAGCAAAUAUCGUAACUAGACAUGUGCAUGACUGGCAUAAUUUUUUUUAGCUUAUUGUAAGUCCAUAUUGACUGUUUGCAUAGCUUAAUGUGUUUUGAGGUCUGCACCAAAUUCAUUAAUUUUAUGUGCCUUUAUAUCAUUUAUGAAAAAUAAGAAAAAAAAACAUACUGCACUCCAAUCAUGUGAAGAUCCGGGUGCUAAACUUGACCAAGGGCUAGCACCAGCCCCAGGGAGUAGAUAUCAGUGGUAGAAAGAGUAUCCAGGCACUCUAAGUAUCUUCAAUUUUAUUUAUUUAGAUAAGUGAGACACCACAACCGAAGCAGAGAGCAUAUAACAUCUCUCUCAGAUGUUUCAGAUUUGUAUCUGUAAAUUAUGUAAAUAUAAUGUUUAUGAACAUUGCAUGUUUGAAUCCCAAACUUCCCCAUUGUAAUUACGCAGCCUUCCUGAACACUUCCUGUAAAUGUCAUCUAAAGUUUACACUUCCUUUACUGCAAAUUCUGUUUAAUUUAAAAUGUAUUUUCUCCUGCUCUGUGAAUAGCUUGCUCAACAUUGCAGGAGCCUAUUGCAUGUGAUAAAAGUUCAAAUUACCGAGCAGGAGAUAUUUGCAUCUGAUUGAAAAUAAAACCAUUUUGUUUUCAUGCAGGCUGUGUCAGUCACAGCCAGGGGAGGUGUGGCUAGGGCUGCAUAAACUGAAACCACAGUGAUUUAACUCCUAAAUGGCAGUGAGACUUCAGAGGCAUGAUCUAUACAGCAAAACUGCUUCAUUAGGCUAAAGUUGUUUUGGUGACUAUAGUGUCCUUUUAACAUAAUGUUAUACCUCCACUGAAGUUUCUGCUGUUGAUCUGUAGCAAAACUCAUACUUUGUUUUCUAUGUUUACUGAAGUUGCAGGCAUCCGGGCUGCUUGGAAACAUAGAAAUGAAUAUUAGUACUGUAAUGGCUUGCUUUCUGGCACAAUCAGGAGCCGAUAUUAACUACGCUAAUCACCGAGGAAAGUCCCCACUGGACCUGAUCAAAGAUGCAAGGAUAGCGCAUCUGAUUAAAAGCUUCUCCCAGAAAUACAGGUACAUGAACUAAAAAUUACAAUUAUUUCAUUAGGAAUAGGGCACAAAGGACAGAAAUGAUGAGGCAUGGAGAAUAGAUACAAUUCAAAAGUCAUAGAGAAGUGACAGAAGUAAGGUUAGAGAAGAAACAACCGCAGUAGUAAACAAAUUGGAGAAUUGGCUGAUGUUGGAGGAGGCAGAGCACUGACCCAACCCAGCACUGGAAUCGGUUAAGUACAGAAAUUUUUUUAAACCCUUUCUGAGCCAGAGAGGGAAUAAAGGGAGCUAUAGUGCAAGGAAUACAACUUUGUAUUCCUUACACUAUAGAAUACCUUUAACAACGUGCCGGCAAUUAUGAGGAGUGGCGAAGGAGCGUUUUCAAGAGGGUAUUAUAAGUUGAUUACACACCUUAAAAUACAAAUUUAAUUCUUUAAUAUAUGUACGUUUUGGGGUUGGCUGGUUAAGAGCGGGACAAUGGGAAUUACUUAAGAGGUGACAAGCUUCAGGAACUCCUUUAUUUAUUUGUUUAGGAUUUGAACCCUAUUUUUAUAGUAGCUGUAAUCCACAACACCUAUAGUAACCAAACUGGCCAAUGGUUGCCAGUUAUUCUUUAUUUGAAGAAGACUUCAGACCUUCCGUUAUUAUACAGCUGGCACUUAAUCUAAAGCUGUAAUUCUGAAUUCUAAUAGCUUUAUAUUUGGUUAUUCUGGCUUCUAUAUUACUUUAGAUCCUCAAUAUUUUCACAAUAGCUCAAUCGAUUUAUUUUUUUUCUUGCAGAGAGCAACAGGUGGAAUCUGACUCCACCACCAUCACCAGUAGUCUACGCCGGGUACACACUACUCCCAACACAAUGACCAACCUCAGCCUAUCCAGUCCUGCCAGUCCAGCAGAGUGCCUAGUAUGCUCAGAAUUGGCAGUCCUCAUUAGCUUCUUUCCUUGCCAACACAGCAUAGUAUGUGAAGGUAUGUCCUCUUGUAGGCCUGAAAGCCUGGGUUGUAGUGGGAGCUCUGGAAACCAUUUUAAGAAGUUAGAAAGUCAAUAAAGUCAAUUCAGUGUUUGGUGAAUAACCCUGUCUGUUCUUUCAUUCAGAGUCCCUGCAUAUUAUGCUUGUGAAACUCUAGUCUAUUCACCAAAAACCUUUGCCUAGUUCAGACUUUGACCUAUUUAUUCAAAGCCUCUCUACAUUCAAUUUGAGACUGAAAUUUUGUGUUUUUAAUUUGCAAAUAUCCAAAUAAUUAAAAAUGUAAAGUGCAAAAUGGAAAAAAAGAAUUUUUGGUGCACUUUCCAUAGUGCAUGUGGCGAGUCAUUAUUAUAAAUAAUUCAAAAAUCUAGAAUCUGUGUUCACUUUUAAUAUCAUUUCAGCUUCCUUAGAAAAGCAACAUUAAGAUUUUUUUUUCUUUUUGUGUAAAUCUGUUUUAUUGAACUUCUUACUUUGAGUACAGGUAAAGAGAAGAGUGCAGGUGGAGACUCACAGGUCUCUGUUAAUGUGUCAUUACAUUUUCAAAUAUUGCAUAACGUAUGCAUUCAUAUAUACAUAGGUGCAUAAGAGGGUUGACCAACAAUAGUCAUGUGUCUUGUACCAUUACCCUCUGUCUUGUGGGGGUAUUUCUUAAAUGUAUUUAUCGGUAUUUGCUUACUGUUACGCUAGUUCCCAUGUUAUGCCCUCAGCACUUGUGUCAUGUGGGUACCUUUCGUUAUAUCCCUCUGAGUUGUUCUUUCUGGUGGGCAUUCGAGCGUGCCCAUCUUAGUUUUAGUUAGCCAAUUGGAUAUGCCCCCCGUGGUUGCAAUGUGUUGGUGUGGUUAUCUUGAUUACUGAUGCCUUGGGAUUGGAGGCCAAUGCAGUAAACCAUUAGUCUCCUUCACUCCUGUGUCUUGUGUGAGCAGGUGUUGUAGUUGUCUUCCGGGGAUUGGCAUCCAUGCCGCAGGGACUGCUAUAAGUCCCACGGUCAUGUUGGCCAGGACGUAAGCAUCCACCUAGAGCAUGGGCCGGAGCCCUUGCUCCGGCCCCGUGGCAUCCACCUUCGUCCUUCCCGAGUCUCUGUUCAGGUAAAUGGGAGAAGAUAGGUUAGGUAGAGGCAGAAUAGAGAAGCAGGUAAGGUGAGGUUAGCUUAUGGCCGCUGCCAGGUGGAGCACGGCCCCGCCAGCGCGCCACCCCUGGAGCUGGAAGACCCCCUCCCCCUCAUGUAACGAGCCAUGUAUAUGAAACACAGCUGCCAUGCCUUCGCUUUUCUAGUCUCUCUCUGUCGGGAGGGUGUGUAGCGCUUCCGCGCCCUGUAUGUCCUCUAGUUUGUGGAUCCACUCGUUUUUGCUAGGGACUUCAGUUUUUUUCCACUUGGCCGGUAUAUUGGCCUUGGCCGUGUUCAGUAGGUGACACAAAAUUGAUUUCUUAUAGCGUGAAAUUGGUUGUGGAGAGAUAUGUAGUAGGGCGAGGUCGGCCGACCAUUCAGGUAUAUCCCCUAGGAUCAUGGUCACGUUGUCUUUUACCAUCUCCCAGUAUGGGGCUAAGUCACAGCAAUCCCACCAGAUGUGUAGCGGUGUUCCCCUGUCCAUUUGGCAUCUCCAGCAUGUCGGGCGUUUUAUACCAUAGCGAUAUUAGUUUAUAAUUCACCUCCUGGUAAUAGGAGCUCAUGGAGCUCUUGUGUUGCCACAGCAGUGCCUUUUCCCACAGUGCUGAAGAGAAUGUCUUGCCCAUCUGGUCUUCCCAUUGUCUCCGGAAGGUUUUGUUUGCCUUUUGAUGGUGGACCACUAGGUAUUGAUAGAGUGUGGAUAUUGCGUUGCCUAUUGUGGUACCUCGGUCGCAUAGUCCCUCAAACCAUGUGAGUUCUCUGUGUAGAUGUUCCUUGUGCGGUAGCGAGUCGUAGUAGUGUUUCAGUUGCAUAUAUCGGAGGGAGUAAUGAAUUGAGGUCCCGCAGCGUCCUGUUCCUUAAAGCUACAUUAAGAAUUCUAUAUCCAUGUUUUAAAAAUUAACAAAUAAAACAUUGCAAGAUAAAUGUAUUAUUUUAUUUUUAUUUUUUUUAUACAUUAAUGCUGACUAUAUACUGUAAUCCAUGGGAAUAUCAAUAAUGAAUACACCCCGUGUUCUGUUGGAUUGUAAAGACUGGUGUAUAUAAUUCUCUGUGGGAAUAUCGAGACUGAUUUAUUUAUUGCUCUCUUGGAAUAUAUAGACUGACUGUUCAUAAUGUACUAUGGGGACAUAUAGACUUACUAUAUAAAGUGCUCUGUUGGAAUAUAAAAACUAUUCCUAUCAACAGCAAAUAUUUGUAAUUAUGAAUUACAUUUACUUAUAUAAUUGACUCUUGUUAAUAUUGUUCUUCCUUUACCCUUCAUUUUCUCUUUAGAAUGCUCCAAACGAAUGAAGAAAUGCAUUAAGUGUCAAGUAUCAAUAACCAAAAAACUUAGGCAAGGUAAGCAGACAAUACUAUGAACGUCUUUGCAGUUUUAGGGACAAAAUAUGUUUUAAUUUUAUGCUGCAAACUCAGACUGCUCUUCUCAUAAUUUUCAGCCAGCUACAAGCUGAUAUGAUGACGCAGUUAGGAAAAAAAUUACAUUUUUAUCAAAAAUAUUUAUUUUUAUUAAAAACAAAGGAAUUACAAUGAAAUAUAUAUUUUCGUGAAAAAAUAAUGUAAACUAUAAAACAUAUAAAUAAGGCCUAAGGUAAAUACAUCAUUAUGCCAAGAAAGGAUAUGUGAAGGUUAAAAAGUAGUGACCUCAAUCACGCCAGGGCAGUUUCUAAGAUAUCUCCGGAUUAGGAAGCAAUUCUAAGAAAAUGUGUUAUAGAACACCAACAGAAGUAAAGGAUGGUGUGAAGAGGUAGAAGAAAAAGUUUCAAAGUAGGGGAUAGUAUGUAAGUUAAAAUAAAUAAAAAGCAGAAUCAUUGGGGCAGGGGAGUAUGGGGUAUAGCAAGUGUAGAUCAGUGGGGUAGAGGAAAAGGAGGAAUGCACCAAAAGGCCAUUUUUUUGUUAGAAAGUCUAAUCAAACGGUUCCAAGAACCCAGAGGUUCAUGUCCAGUUAGUUAUUGUAGUAAGUAUUUCAUAUGGUUGUGAGCAUCAAAGCAAUAAUAGGAUUGCACUGUAUUUGUAUUUUUAGAUAGCACAGAAGUUGAUGGUGUUCCUAGUUUAGAAGCAUCUGAUCAGCGCAAGAUCAUGGAAGAUCUUCAAAACCGCUACCGCCAAAUGGAAGAACGGAUGACUUGUCCAAUAUGUAUUGACAGCCACAUCAAGCUGGUGUUUCAGUGUGGACAUGGGUCGUGCACAGAUUGCAGCACAUCCCUGACUACCUGCCCCAUUUGCAGACAGCUCAUCAAGGAAAGAAUACAGAUAUUUGUCUGAGGAGCAACACAAAGGCCACUGGUGUCCUACCUACAUCAUCUUAGAUCCUAAGACAGAAUACAACAUGCCAAUCUUGGCCAUACAUCCUCUCAAAAGAAUUUUGAGGAAGCCAUGACUUUUGUUCUUAGAAAGUGUGGCUCUGUGUGUUACAGUAAAAACAAAUGACUACAUCUAAUUAUCAUCGCUGGAAGGGCUAAUUCAUAGUUCAGUCUUCCUGAGGACAUCCAUUCACCAGAGGGACAAAUAAUGUCAUUAAGACCAUCCCAUCAUUUAUAACACUAGUGUUAUCACUGGCCAAUCUAAGUAGCAGACAUUUGUAUGUGAAUUUGCACUUUUUUUAUUUUAUUUUUUAUUUCACAGCCUUCAAACAGAAUAUGCUGCAUUUACAAAUUAUAUUUAAUUUAUGUAAAUCAGUUUAUCUAUAAUAAACCAUCACAUUUGGUCAAUCAUCCACUCUCGGCAUGGGACAUGAAGGCAUUUGUGAGCUUCCACCGCUGGCCGUAUUCAAAUGCAAAACAAAAUAAAUUUUAUUGGCUUUCAGUCAUGUAGAAAACUUUAUAUCCCUACUUUUAUCAAAGACAUCAUUACACAACAAAGCAUCAGAUCAAAACUAUAUGUCACAGUCGUUUUUCAUAGUACUAUAUACAUUUUGUAUAAUACCCUUAAUUGGCUCUUUGUGGUGUGAAAAGAUUCACUGGAGAAAUUUCUAAAAUCCAUUUACUGUCUGGAGCAAGCCAAAUAUAACGUGCCUGUUCUAGAUAAUGGGGAUCCAAUAUAGAGUGACAGUGUAGGAGUUGGCAACCACUCAUGUGCAGCCAAGAGAUCUAUCCGCAUAUUGAGUGUAGAUACGUUGAUGACAUAUAGUAUGCUUGUUGCCACGUGUGCAAUGCAUUGGGAGAAAUUCUGUAUGGAUGGCAGGUUAAAGGACUAUCUCCUAUUUUCCUAUGGAAACUUAUUUUCACAAUCACAAACUGUUAGUGAUUAGGAAUAGCACUGAAACAAUUGAGAGAUUUUUCUCUGGAGAUGAAGCUCUUUAACUUUAAAAACUGUAUAUUGAAUAUCUCACAAUAUAUAGGGAAUGUAUGCACACGUAGAAAACAAUUUGGUUAAUGUAGUUGCCACAUCUCGGAUUGUUACUUGUCAAAGUGGAUAAUCAGUUUCGGCUUUGCUCAUUUUACUCAAUAUAAUUUGUGAAAUGUGUAAAAAUGCUUCUUAAUGUUCCAUUCAAUUGUUACUGGGCCAUUCCAGUGUUAUUGGACUAUUGCGACAUUUCAUUGUACCUUUCAGCACUCAGGAACAAAUGGAUACAUUUACUAGUUAACAUUGUCUCUGUAGCAAUAUUUAAACUUCUCGAGAAGACAAACAUAACAGUAAAAUUCAAUUUGUGUUUCACAAGUCACUUUUGGUGUAUUCUUCUUUGUCAAAGUAAUAGUACAUGUUUAAGUUCUAUAAGUGUAUUUAGGCCAUUACAGAUAAUAUAUUGCAUUCAAUUAAAUUAAUGCUGUAGCAUAAAGAAUACAAACCUGUAUUCCUUACGUUUUACUGUUCUUGUCCGUAGUUCUAUAAAGGUCCCCUGCCAUCCUAGUGUCAUAAUAAUAUCAAACUUUUACUUACCUUAUUGCAGAGCCGGGUCUUCCACACUGCUGCUCACCUCCGCCCCCGGCAACAUCAUUGUGGAGGCAUGGGCUCCUCAAC